UUUCACUGCGGUUUCCCCACAUUCCCUAAGCUAGACGAGCAGCAGCAGCAGCAGCAGCAGCAGCAGCAGCAGGAGGAGAAGGGCGCAGGAAUCAUGGUGUAAAGGAGCCGCCGGUUCACUGGUGCGGGGACCAGGGGCGCAAGGAGCCUGCCCAUUUCAUGGCAGCCAGGGCUAGGGGCGCUGGAGAAGAGAGGGGCAUGGCAGCUCGGGGGGUCGCCUGGUCUUAAAGGCUGCAGGGAGCGAGCGGGGCGGCGUUGCUGCCGCCGCCGCCGGCGGAUCCAUCCUGCUGCUCUCGCGCUCUGCCGCAUUUCCUCCCUUCUCCUCACUCCCGUCUGGAGCCGCACCAGCCCCCCGCACUCUGAGCAGCCUCGCCCCCGCCAAGAUGUCUCUGGCCGUCGAAGAAGAGGACUACGCCAAGCUGGUGAUGGAGUCGGGGCCCGAGUGGCUCCGCACCGAGAUCAAGCGGCUCUUCCAGGAGCUGGGCGAAACCACCCGCGAGAAGAUCCAGGCUGCCGAGUACGGGCUGGCGGUGCUGGAGGAGAAGCAGCAGCUCAAGCAGCAGUAUGAGGAGCUGGAGCUGGAGUACGAGACCAUCCGCACCGAGAUGGAGCAGCUGAAGGAGGUGAGGGCGGCGCUUUCUUCAUUUUGCGGGGGGCGUGCGGUAGCAACAGCUGCGGCGGCGGCGGCGGAUCUAAUGGGCUUUAGCGGGCGCGAGGAGGCGGUGCGCGAUGCAGGGGAGAGGGGGACUGUGUUGAACGCCGGCUGCUUUUUGCGGGAAGGGGCGGGAAUAAAUAUAGCAGACAGGCAGGCGGGCAGCAUGGGCUAAUGGUUAGUUCACAAUCGAGACUCCAGCGCACAAGGCUCCCUGGCCUGCCUGCUUGCUUGUGGAGACGUGUGCAUUCUGUGGAUUAACGUUUUCAGCGGGCGGUGGUGUGUUAUGGGGAGCGCGCGCGCGCGCCUAGGCGUGAAGGCUUCCCGAGCAGCCCCGUUCCCACGAUCGCAAAGGCCAGCUGGGCCUGGCUCGCCAGUGCGUGCCGGGCUCGUGGCGAGUGCAGCGCCUUGCAAACCCUCGCCCUGGCUUGGGAAGGUCUGCGGGGGCGCAGCUCUCCGCGCAAGGCAGCCUCGCCUUUCGGAUUCGCCCAGCUCGCGGGAGGCGCACCAGCCUUCUCUCUCUCCCCGGCCCCCGCGAUGCAGUGUCACAGAACGAAGCCGAUCCAGAGCCUUUGGCCCUCCCCUUUUGCUGGCGUCACGCCUUGCAGCCCCCUUAAAGGGGCAGCUCGGCAAUGUCUGCGCCUCUCUAAUGCACCGUGUCCUUCCUGUGACAUCUGCCGUAUCUUCUUGCACUGCCGUGAAAUGUGCCGGGCAGAGGAUACUAUGAGAUUAAUACUCUUGGGCUCGGGUGACAUCUGUCCACCAGAGACCGUCGUUUUCUCUCCUUCCCCCCUUUGCAGGGAUGUCUCGUGCCUGCCUUGUUGGUGAAGAUCCCCUGUCUCCUUCUGCCAUUUAAUGGGAGGGAACCUAGGACAGGCCUCUGCCAGACCUGGAGGGAAUUAAAUUAUUUCUGCCCACGUCAACUGGCUGAUGUAGAGUUUUGAUGUUUUGGAAGCAUGAAUAACGAUAUUGCUUGACAUUCGUGCAGAAACGAAUCAGAAUCUUAAAUGGCUCAGUUAAGAGUUCAUUAGAUAGUUUUCUUUGCUCAGAGGUUGUAACGUUAAUAUUUGAAGAAUUAUUAUUAGGCCUAUUGCAUGUGCCAGCAUAAACUGAUCAGAGAUCACUGAGUAAAUUCAGAAGGCGUCAGAAAGCCUGCUAUCUUGAUUGCUUGGGCACUUCGAGAAUCAGCCUACAAUCUUGAAAUACUGUUUGGCUCUGUGCAAGCCUGGCCCCGAAGAAUCUGAAAUAUUGUUUUUCUAGUGCUGGCCCAUUGUAUGCUUCUAGUUAUAUAAUACAUGCUUUUUACCAAACGUCUGUUUCACAGAAGCGGUUAAGGCCUCUCGUGCAGCUCCUUGCCUCUCCACUGUUCUCAGUUCAUUUCUGUAAUCGCAAACUGUAAUGGAAGAGUGAGUGCCUAUGGGUUAUAGUGUUUUGUGUGUUGUUUUAUUAGGUGCUAGGUUUUCAACUCCGGGACAUCAGUUGUUUAACUUUUUAGUUGUGCUUUGACAUUUUUUGUGCGACCAAAUGUAGUUCUUCCUCCCAUCCUGUUGGGGGACACUGUGGUUGGGGCUGAGGAAUAAAAGUAGCUUCAUUUUUCUCUGUUCCACUCAACAACAUGAUAGGAAGGAGGAAAGAUUAGGGGAAAGACUGCAAAGAUUCAUAUUGGGAUGGCAUGAUACACAAAUUCUGACUGUUUUCUUUGUCAUCUCAGUUGUGUGGAGUGGUGAAUCAGGAAGGGGGAGACUUAUCUCUUGGAUGUGGUUUGGAAGUGGCUAACUAGAAGGGGUGUAUUUGAGGGAUUCCGAGAACAGACCUUUUUGCUCUGGCACGACAUGCUUGCAGUAAGUUGCUAGGUAUCAGUCGGGCCCUGUGCCAAUGGCGACCACAUGGAGAUCUCUGGAUGCCAAGUUAGCGACUGACAUUUCUAUCUGGCUGGCUCCUCCAGCUUUCUUGAGAAGGUAAGCAGAAGGGCUUAUUUAUUACAUUUUUUAUCCCACCUUUUUCAUCCAAGGAGUACAUGGUUCUCCCCCUUCUCAUUUAAUCUCUACAGCAACCCUCUGAGGUAGGUUAGGAGGCUGUGACUGGCCCAUGCGAGGUUCGUGAAUGGGGAUUUGAACCCUGAUCUUCCAGGCUCUAGUCUGAUACUGUAACCACUACACCACACUGGCUUCCUAGAGUACUUCUGCUGUGGGACAGCUCAGUAAAUUAAGUAGGUAAAGAAAUAUGGGAAAAUCAAAAUGUCCCUUAGAGAAGGUUCUGAAAUAUUUUCCUUGAAGCUUGAAUUCGUUUCUUCUGAAUUGUUUUAUUUGAUGUUUUAAUAUGUUGUCAACCACUUUGAUAUACAGUGGUACCUCGGGAUGUGAAUGGGAUCCAUUCUGGAGCCCCGUUUGCAUCCUGAAUAGAACAUAAGAUGUGAUGGCGCGUCGGUGCGUGCGCGGGUCAUGUUUUGCCACUUCCACGCAUGCAUGUGACGUCAUUUUAAGCGUCUGCGCAUGCGCUCCGUUACUUCCGGGUUGCUGCGGAGCGCAACCUGAAAGUGCUCAACCUGAAGCACAUUCAACCCGAGGUAAGACUGUAUUGGUAUAGAAAGGAAAUGAAUGACAACAACAAUAACAACAUCAUAUUUCAUUGCAAAAGAAAGGUACCUACACAUUCAAUUGUGGUGACUGUGACCCAGUUUUAAAGUGCUAUUUGGUGUUUAGCUUAUAUAUCUGAGUUUCUAACACUGGUACCAGCUGAGAGCCAUAGAAACUUUGAAACUCUUCUCACCAACUUGAACUAUUCAUGCUGCCACUAAAUGCAUUUUAGUGGCGGACAGACAGUGCUGAUUUUGAAUGGGAGCAAUGCUGAACCCCUGUCGGUGGUGGCCACCUACAAUCUUGAUUUACCCUAACGUGCAAUGCGCCUGCUGAUGUGGCAGCAGAAAAAAAAACCCCCGCUCUAUGGUUGUGGUCAUGUGGCCCCAUACCAAAGAUUCCCUGAAAUCUGGCAGUAGUGAGGGCAGCAAUGCAGGGCCAACUUAAAUGUCUCCUUAAGAGAGCAAAAUUAGUGUUGAUUUAAUUAGAUACUGCAAAUCCCUGUGCUGAUGCAAUUUCGUAAUGAAACCUGAUUUAUAGCAAUGUGCUUAAUAUUGUCCACAUUAAUUAAAGCAGAGUGUCUUUCAGGACGCAUUUAAAGCUGUACAUGUUUUCAAAUAUUUUUACAUUGCUGGAAAUGCAUGUCCGUGGACUUGUGAGUAUGUCUGGAAAUGCUAAUAUGGAAUCAUGGGGAAAGUUAUUAUACAGGGAAUGCGUUUGUAUGUGUCAAAACAGUUUAAUCUCUCUUUGCUCUCUGUUCUCCACCCCUUCUAUUCUGUACCUUGUGCUAAUGGAGCAUCUGCAUCCAUUAACAUGAGCACAGAUGUGAGGACUUUUUGUGGCUUGAUAGGAGGAGGGGAAGAGGGAUUUCAGUGAUCAAAGCAUAGGAAUACAGCAUCCCUUUCUUAGCUCUUUGCCCUUUCAUCUGACUACUAGAACUGGAAUAUGUUACCCAAAAAUAAGCAGAUUAUAAGCACAUGCUCUCAAUUUGCAUGAUUGACAGAAUUCAGUUUUUGUUUGUGCAGCAUUUUUAAAAACCUGAAGUAUAUACAGUACACAGUAUUGGACUGAUUGUCUAUGGGCUGAUAUAGGGAAAAUUAUAGUUCUUUAGACCUUUAUGAUGUUAUGGAGGAAUCUGGAUCUCAUUAGAGAUUGACUAAAUCUUUAACAGAUGUGUGCUGAAUAGGCUUUUGGGGUGGGUGGGAGGAAACCUAUUUAAUGGCCAUGCCCCCCACCCCCGAACCUUUUUUGUGUGUGUAAGUUUACAUAGAAGAUUUUUAGUCUUAUCCCUUUAUAUCUUUACACAGAAGUAAGUUUGCCUGAUCAUAGUGGGGAUUGAUAAGCUACAGUUCUGUGCUGUGUAUUCAGGUUGCUCCACAGGAAUGUUGGCUGUAGAAGUUGCAAAUAUUCCACCACAGAAGUUGCUGAGGGUAUGAGGUAGAGAACCUUAUUCACUUUGGUUUCCAAACUCAACCUGAAUGACAGUAUUUAGGCUGUCCUCACAACACAUGGCAUGGUGAUGUGAUGCAUGGUGGUGAUACAGUGAAAUCUGAUCACUCUGUUGUCAUUUGCACACAAUGCUAAGUGAAACCAUGGCUUACCACAAACAUGCAGCCUAUUGGAGAGAAGAUCAGACACUUUGCUCCUCCCUUGUUGUUCUGAUGCUGCGCUAAGUCAUGGUUUGGCUUAGCAUCUGAACCCAAGCUCAUGGUUUAACUCCAACACUCCAUGAGCUGUAAAACAAUGGACAAGCUUGCGGUUGUUUUGGAGAGUGCUAAACCGCGAACCUAGGUUCAGGCUAUAAACCAAACCAUGCUUAGUUCAGCACAGCACAACAGCAGAAUCUCUGGAGGAGGAGCAAAACACAGUCACAGUCUCCUCCAGAAGCCGGCAUGGUUGCUUGUUUAUGCUAAGCCACGGUUUGGUUUAGUAUUAUGUGAGAACCAGACCUCUGAAGGCAUCAAUACCCUACAAUGAAAAUUGGUGGCUGUGGAACUUCUGUAGGAUGGAGCCAAUAUAAUUAGGAGUAUCCCUUCUUUUUUAAAAAGAAAAAGUGGGUCCUGCAGCCACUCAUCUCAGCACUUUUUGUAGAAACAAGCAGACCAUUUAUGGAGAUUGUCAGAUCCAAUAACUCUGCUAAUUUGAGAUUGUCAUACAAAUCAGGUUCUUCAGACUUUGGCAGCCAAGUACAUUUUAAAAAGAAGUACAGGGUCAUUAAACAAAAUGAAGCAGACCUUUUGUGAAGACAUCCAUGUUCGUUUUGUUAUUCCAUCUAUUUAUUAUGCUGCAGCAUGAGUGUCAUUGCGUAUGUGGCCAAGAAAGUACCACCCACGCACAAGACGGGGGCGUAUCAGCAGGCUUGGAGAAGUACUAAAUUUUUAAAGAAGAAAACUUAGGAUGGGAAUCCCCAUCCCAACUCCAACAGUCAGUGACUAUAGUAUGCUGACUGAAUGUUGAGGGAGGAAAAACAGAAAACCCAGUGAGAGGAGGAAUGGAGAAUUGUAGAUGAGGGCCUGGCUGACUGCACAGUGAACAGGAACACUCCACGCUGCAACACUUUGUUGUUCUCAUCCACUUGCAUAAUAAUGCUUAUGCUGAAAUGAUCAUUGACCUUACUAGGGAUGGAAGGAUCUGUCCAUUCUGGUUGCCUCCAUUUCUCAUUUUUCCAGUCUUAAAAUCAGUUCUCUUCAUUUAUUUAUUUAAAUUAUUAGUUGCCCUUUUUUACAAAAGCAAAAGCAACCUUUUUUACAAAAGCCACUUGCAACAAUAAUCAAAUGACAUUUAGGUUAAAAGCCAAAUCAAAUAAAACAGAAAAAUCUAAAAUACAUCCAUAUUUUUAGAAGGCAGGAUUGAAACAUCCCACCCACUAAAAGACGCCAUGGAUAGUUAAAAGCCAAAGGCCUGCUGGGAAACAAAGUAUGUUUGCGUGAUGCCUAAAAGUAUGUAAGAAUGGUACCAGGUGAGCCUCUGUGGGGAGAGCAUUCCACAAGUGGAGAGACUGAAAAUACUCGUUCUUGUGUUGUCUCCCUCCCUCCCUUGUAUGGAGGGGGCACACGGAGAACAGCCUAGAUUCUGGUCAGGGUUGGUGAGGAGGUCUUUGAAGUCUUGGGCUCCUGAGCUGCAUAAGACUUUAUAGUUAAAACCAGUACGUUGAAUUGGGCUCAGAAACUCAUUGGUAGCCAGUGCAAUCUGGCCAAGAUUGGUGUUUUGUGCUCUGACUAUCUUGUCUCAGUGAACAACCUGGCCACUGAAUUCUGGGCCAACUGUAGUUUACAAACAAUCUUCAAAGGCAGCCCCACAUAUAACUCAUUUCAGUAAUUUAACCUAGAGGUUACCAGAGUGUUGACAACAGAAGCUAGGCUAUCCUUGUCCAGAAAGGAGCCAGAGUCGAUGAAAAGCCUGCCAUGCCACUUAAGACUCAAGCAACAGUGAUGGAUCCAGAAGUCCUCCCGUGUAUCUGCUCUUUCAGAAGUAGUGUAUCACAUCAAGAACAGGCCACCACCCAUCCAUCUGGUCUAGGGAACCAGACACUAACAGUGUCUCAGUUUCAUCUGGAUUGAGCUUCAGUAUAUUGACACACAUCCAUUUCAUUACCAAAGCAAGACAUUGGUCCAGCUCAUCCACUGCCACUCCUGUAGACGUAAAGGAGAAGCAGAGCUGUGCAUCAUCAGCAUAUUGUUGACUAUGUACUCAAAGACUUCAGAUGAUCCCAACCAGCAGUUUCAUGUAGAUGUUAAACAACAUCACAUGUUCUUUAAAUUAAUAUUUUCAUUUUUGUGCAUGCUUUCCCUUAAUAUAUGCAUUUUUGUAAACCUUGGUUGGAGAACUUCAUCACAAAAUAUGACUGAGUAUAGAAGGAUAGCUGUGUUUCAGAAAGAGGGAAUUUGAUAGAUUUGGCUUUAAAUGUGUACUUAAUCAAAUUCCUCCUCUAUUCCUUGUCCUCAUGUUAUUUUGUGGUUGAAAGGUAGGUCUGUACAGUGGUACCUCCGGUUACAAAUUUAAUUCGUUCCAGAGGUCCGUUCUUAACCUGAAACCGUUCUUAACAUGAGGCACGCUUUCACUAAUGGGGCCUCCCGCUGCCGCUGUGCGACCUCCGCUCGCAUCCCGGAGCAAAGUUCACAACCAGGAGCAUAUACUUCCGGGUUAGCGGAGCUCGUUACCCGAAGCGUUCAUAAGUAGGACGGUACGUAACCUGGGGUUCCACUGUAAUGUAAUUUCUCUUUCUUUCUUUGACACUCUAUUUGCCUCUGCUUUACAUCCUGAAAUUUUAUGUGCCCUCAUCCAGUUAUUAGUAGAGACGGAAACAUCCUGUGAAAAUGUGUAUUAUUUCCUCUGAGGAAGAAAGUAUGUAGCUAGAACUUGUACAGUCAUCACGUUGUUCUCUUUGUGCAGGGUAAAAAGUUUCUGCAGCUAGUGGCUUAACUAGAUCCAUGUGCACAUUCCCGACAUUAGGUUUAACGGAAUCUAUACCCUAUCUUAGAGACUUUUGACAGCACAGACCAUCUGUUUUGCCAUGUGCGUGCUGGGCUAGGUUUGCAUGCAAAAACAUGUUUGGUGCAGAAGCUUUCUACAGUGCAUGAAGAUCUGUAAAUGACGUCCAUCACUUCCACUGAGGAAUGAUAAAGUGUGAAAUGCUCCCAGCUAGCUUUUAGGUGAAUCACCUUACUUCCAUAGCCGUUCAUGAGAUAAGGUGAUUCUGUGCUUAUCCUCAUCUGAUCUUUGUAGAAAGACUGCCUCUAUUUCCACACAAAGAAUGUCUCACUUACUUGUGGAAAUGGAUUCUUCAAUUGAUGUGGUUUCUCAUUUUUCUCCCUUAAAGGGAUUCUGCUUUAGAUUCAGGAAUUCUUUGCUUACCUCAUCUUAUAAUUAGCAGCAGUGCAAAUAUUGUGUGAAACAAAACGUAACAUUUGCAGGAAAAAUGUCAGGUGUGGAUUUGCUAUCUAAUAAGAUUUGACUCAUUUGCCAUAUUGAUUUGUUGGAUAGUGUCAGAGCCAGAUCCAAAUUCUGUACUUGAAAUGCCCCCAACCCAUUUUCUGUGAAUGUAAAUUGCAAAACAGGAUAACAAGUAGGCAUUUGCAAUAAAUGUUGAACUACAUUGGCAGAGAGCAAGGAAGAAAGAAGAUGUAUUUGGGGGGGGGGAGCAGUUAGGGCCGGCAGUGGAGUUGGGAGCACUGGAGAGGUUCUGCGAGACCCAAGUGCUAUUUUUCCUGAUAAGUGAACAUUUGUCCUAGCCUCUUCUGUUCUUGAUUCUUUGGGUGGGAUUCUACUAAGUUGUUGCAUGCAUGGUGUGAGGUCCACUCAUGCAACCCUAAGUCUUCUCUGGCUGGUUGGAGGAACCUCCAGAACAAGUUUAGGGCCACACAGUGUGGAGGGGGGGAAAGUUUUGUUGCAUGAGUGGAACCUCAUUCUGCGCUUAGUGAUAUGUGGUACUCCCCUUUUUAACUUGUGCCUUUUUGGUACAACCAUGAAAGUUAGUACAGUGGACUCUCGGGUCGCGAACAUGAUCCAUGCGGGAAGCGCGUUCGCAACCCACAGCGCUGCAUCAGCGCAUGCGUGGGUUGCGAUUCAGCGCUUCUGCGCAUGUGCAAAGCACGAUUUAGCACUUCUGCGCAAGCGCCGAAACCUGGAAGUAACUUGUUUGCGCAACCCAAAAUCGCACAAUCCGAAGCGUCUGUAACCUGAGGUAUGACUGUAACACUAAGAGCAACCAAGUAAAUCCAGGAUUUAGCUGCACCUUUUAACCUUUGCUUUUGGUUGGAGGGGAAAAAAGCAUCCAGUCCAAUGUGAGAUAGUUACAGACAAAUCAGGGUUACUUCUCUGAGGUUUUGCAAGAGUCAACUUUGACUUGAAAGAGGGAUUGUAUGCAGAGCCUAAUCAUCUGCAGUCUUGACAAUUCAUUUGGUGGGGACUGGGGGCAGCAAAGGCUUACAAUCCCCGACUUCAAAAGAGGUUAUCUCCUUUGCCUAGUGCUUUGAUGUGCAUUAAGUGAUGUCUGCAAGAUUUAUAGCUUGCUGAAAACUGAAACUGAAACUGGUUCCUCCUGUUUGGAACUGCUUUCUGAUCAGCCAAUGGUGAAGCCAGUGGAUGUAAUCCUCAUGAUUUGAUUCCUUAGCGCUCACAGACCUGAUAAUAUUUUGAAUUAUUUAUUUCUAUAAUACAAGGGAUAUGCAAUAGUAAGACAUACAUAUAUAUGAGAUUGAGUGGUUGGCUUAAAAGAUGAGGCUAGAGCCUUUUAAAGCUUUUGCAGAAAUAACCUAUUGCUAAUUCAAAACCCACAUUCCUCUUUACAUUUGAGGUGGUUAUUGGGAAAGGGCGAGGAUAAAGAGCUCAUCGUGGCUAAAUAUUUUUAGGUCUUGCUGAUUUUAGUGUGGGGGCGCGGUGGGGAGAGACUAAGCCCUUUUCAUUCCAGCUGGCCACAUAGCAAAGAACUUCAUGUUCAGCAAAAUUAUGUGAUAAAAAGCUUUCUUAAGUUAAGGAAAGUACAAAUUUGUUUUUUAAUGCUCUGCUGUGUAACAAGCACGCGAGAUCAAAUACCUCCGGUGUAGAAAGCAACCCCUUUUAAGGAGAAUGAUUCUAGACUAGCUCAAUCGUUUACUAAAAGCCAAAGUCUUGGUUCAUGUAUUGGGCAGGAAAUCCAGAUAGCUCCCCUUAAGCUGAGAUCAUGUCCAAAGGGUCUUAAGUGGUGGGUGGUGACUGUGGAAGGGGACUAGCUGGUGGUGGCACCUCAAUUUGCAGUGUUGUAUCUAGCACCAAUUGCCUCAUGCUGUGUUAGGCAUUAGUGCCUAGACUGGAGUGUUUGGUGCCAUUCCAAUAGUUGUCCCCUCCCUCCCUGGCCCAACUUUUAUCUUUUUUAACCAACAGUAAAUUUGUUGGUUCUGUUUUAGAUCUUAUUUAAUGCUGGCGCUGUUUUUCUGUUGCUGAUGUUCCACUGGAUUGUAUUUUAUGUGAAUCAAGUUAAUCUUAGUUUGUUCCUAGAAUUUAUUUGCAAACUGUUUUUGAAAAUCUUUAAAAUUGUAAGGCAGGGUUGUAUUUUAUUGCAAGCACAUGCUGAAUGUGGCAUAGGGCCCAAUCCACCAGGGAUUUUGUUUGUUUAAGCUCUUGAAAAGCUGUUGUUUAUUCCAUUUAGGGCACAAUCUAAUUCUCCUGAGCAAACCUGUGGGCUGGAUCUGUCAGUCUCCUCUUCUGUAUGAAGUGCCUGCCUCAUUUUGGCUGCGCAAACAAAUAAAAAUCUUUCUGUGUCCCCCUCCCCCCCAAUAAUAAAGAACAAUAGAGGGGCUGAGGCAAACUGAUAAGUUUUUAUUUUCUAAAAACUUUGUUUACAAUAGAAGGAGCUGAUUUGCUUCACGUAUUCCAGUUUUUCUUGUGCAGGAUGUCUAGAAGAACCAGUUAGCCUGCAUAUUGUGGACAUUUUCUUUUAUUUAUGCACAGGUAGCAUUCUCUUAGGCUGCAAUCCUAUACCCACUUAUCUGGAGCUAAGCUGUAUUGAAUUCAGUUAGACUUAUCUUCUGAGUAUAUAGGAUUCUGCAGUUAAAUGUGUAAAAGAAUGUUUGUGGCCUUUCUUUGCCCCCAUCCACCUUGCCCUUUUACUCUACAUACAGUGGGGUCAGUUGCUCAAAGCCUGGACUGGAUGAUGGAGAGUUGCCUAGAAGCAGAAUGGUUUCUUGGAGGAGAAUUGUUAUUGCAACCUGAGCAAAACCAAGAAGAAAUAUCAAGAAGCCCCAAAUAAUUUUGCAGAUGGCCUGAAACUGAGCUUUAAGACCCAACUUUUUACCCAUCCCCAAUGUGUUGGGAUACUCUCACCAGCAUCUGCACAACUUGCCCUAGACCCUCUGCUCGUUUUUUGAGGUGACCCACCGAACUGGAGACUGGAAAACUGUGUUGUCUGAAACAACUUUGUGUCUUAAAAUGACUAUGCCUUUAAUAUUUAUUGAAAGCAUUUAUACCAAGGUGCUAGACAUUACAAUAAAGCAAUCCAAUGCGAAACAAAAAAUGGAGUAUGCAGUUAAUACGAUCCAGUAAAAGCAACCUAUCACAAUUACUGUAAAGUAACUGGGAAUCAUUCAAUUGGAUUUGGAGGCCAUGGAAAAUUUAAAUAAUUAGAUUAUGUUUUGAAGAGCAAUUAGAAGCUCAUUGCAGUAUACUGUCUUUCAGUGGAAAGUUUAUUUCAUAGGCUGGGGACCACCAUGCGAAAGGCCAUCCACCCCAGGUGUAGAUUAUCUGAAAUAACACUUUCUCCCAUAUAGACCUUCCUGUACGUGUAAGAUUUUCAGGGGAAGACCCCAUUAGUUGUGCCACGGCUUGCAGAGUUCGUUUUCUGGCAGCUUGGAGGACAGCCUUCUCCGUGUCCAUGUUGGCCCCCAGCCUGUGGAGGGAACUCAUCUCCGAAAUACAUCAAGCACCAGCUGUGGUGAGCUUCCAUUUGCUCUUUAAAGCGUAUCUAUUCACUCACUAUUUACUCAUCAUUUACCUGAUCAGUACGCAAAGCCUUAAAACCUUGUCCUGGGUGCAGAUUGGCACCCAGGCCAGUGCCAACCUUUGCUUUCAGGCGUAUCGCACAAUAGCUGAAUUUCCCUGAAAGCCUGUAUUUGAAGGCUGACAUUUUUGUGAGCUGAAGCCAUGUGAUGUGAAAAUAGCCUCCUUCUGAGCAGUGGGCGGCAAGGAGCAGCUGGGGGCGGGGUGCAGUGAAUAGCUUCACCAUUUUCUGUUCCCAUUCUACUGUAUGUGAGGUUAUGACUAAUCGGUUACACUGCAGGGGCAUAAGGCGACUUCCAGUGGGUGAUUCAUUCUCCAGGCAUUUGUCUGGGCUCUCUGUCUCUCUCUGUUUUUCCCUGCCUCUCCACUUCUGGCAGAAUGCAGAGAUGUAUUUGUUCAGAGUCGGUAGCUGAGCAACAGGGAAGAAUAUAGCAUGGAUUUGGAAUAUGAUCUAUGAAAACUUUAACACAAGGAAGGGACACAAAUAAACUUUGGCAUCUAAGUAAUUCUCACAGCGAAGAACAAAAAAGAAAGAAUUAAGACUCUGAAUUGAUCCUUGGUAGCGAGAAACUGCCGAUCUUGCAAGAAAUAAACAGGCUGAUGUGGGAGGAGAAUUCCACCCCACCCCCAGGACAUUAUUCCUGCCGGCUAUUUUGUUUUUAUUUAUUUAUUGCAGAUUUUUUUUUUGGCCAUAGGCUGAUUCAUUGAAUUUGAACUUUGCUAGUAGGAAAGUGGGGCAGAGGAGAAUAAUAUGUCUACGUUUCCUUGGGGCAUAAUUAAAUCAAUACGCCCAUGCUAGUUGUGGUAGCUUGCUGUAUGAGAUUAUAAUUCUUUAUCGGGGGGGGGGGAAUGUUUAAAAAUAUAAAAUAAAAUAAAAUGCAUUGUUAGAUAAUGGCUGGGCAAGUGUUCUAGGGGAAAGUUUCCAUGUAAUCGUGUAUAUGCUGUAUUAAACGAGCCCUUUCUUUACCUUCAUGUUGCAUUGGUAUAAACAAGAACAGUCGUACCUUGGAAGUCAAACUGAAUCUUUUCCUGAAGUCCGUUCGGCUUCCAUAACGUUCGCAAACCAAAUUGCGGCCUCUGAUUGGCUGCAGGAAGCUCUUGCAGCCAAUCAGAAGCCGCGGAAUCCCCGUCAGAUGUUCGGGUUCCGAAAGAACAUUCGCAAACCGGAGCAAUCACUUCCAGGCUUGUGGCAUUUGGGGGCCAAAACGUCUGAGUUCCAGGGCAUUUGACAACCAAAGUACGACUUUUAUAUUUUUACUGCAGUUUUCUGAAUAACUAGAAUAAGCAAAGUUCACUUAGCUGAAGUGAAUUUUUAUUUUAAAAAAUGGUUGUAUAAUCUGAGGCAGGGGUGGAACAAUCCCUCUAUAGGCUUUAGGAUUCUCCCUAGACUAUGCUCGCCACCCUUCCAAGCGAUUUUCAUUGCUUUGCUGGGUGGAAUGUGUCCUUCAACUUUGACAAUGCCUCUUGCUUGCCUCAACGGAGGUUACAAAGAUGUGUGUGCACCUUCCGCUUUUCUAUGGCUGGAAUGUAGCUUCCUGUACAAAAGGUGAGAAUCGCAUCCUCUGCUCUGGCCGCUCUUGAGGUGUUGCCUAUAAAGGAAUGCAGCCCUUGGACUGAGGAAAGGUUCCCUGCCUUUGUGGAGAUCUGGCUGCAGAAUACUUGCAGGCAUAAUGUACCUGUGCUUGUUUACUGAGUUCCCUGAGACUUGCUCCCUAGUCAGUAAGUUCAGGAUUGCAGCCAUACUCCCAUUUUCUGCUUGUGUGUUCCUGGUGGAUUAUGCAAACUGUUUGAACCAGUAGAUAGGAACAUAGGAAGCUGCCUUAUACGGAGUCAGACUCUUAGCUCAGUUCUGUCUACUCUGACUGGCAGCAGUUCUCCAGGAUUUCAGGCAGGGGUCUCUGCCUUCCCUAGGUAAAGGUAAAGGAACCCCUGACCAUUAGGUCCAGUCAUGACCGACUCUGGGAUUGCGACGCUCAUCUCGCUUUACUGGCCGAGGGAGCCGGCGUACAGCUUCCGGGUCAUGUGGCAAGCAUGACUGAGCUGCUUCUGGCGAACCAGAGCAGUGCAUGGAAACGCCGUUUACAUUCCUGCCGGAGCGGUACCUAUUUAUCUACUUGCACUUUGACGUGCUUUCAAACUGCUAGGUUGGCAGGAGCAGAGACCGAGCAACGGGAGCUCAUCCCAUCGCGGGGAUUCAAACCGACGACCUUCUGAUCAGCAAGUCCUAGGCUCUGUGGUUUAACCCACAGCGCCACCCGCGUCCCCUGCCUUCCCUACCUGGAGAUUAAACCCGAGAUCUUCUGCAUACAAGACAGAUGCUGUGCAUUGAACUACAUGGCCCUUCGCUGAUGCUGGAGUGGCUCUUGGCAAACAAUAGUAGAUGUUACCUGCACUGUGGUGUUAUAUCCUCUGGCAGCUAUGAAAUGCCUUAAUAUAUUGUUGACUGAUACAUGUAUGCUUUAACAAUGGUUUUGUUUUAACAUGUUGUUGUUUUUAUGCCCUUGGGCUCAACAAAGAAACUUAAUUAACUUGGAGGCUAUAUAAUAAUAAUUAACCACCGUUACGUAACUGGCAGUGGCAGCAACUGACAAGCCUGUGCCUGAAAGAGUUUGCAGUCUUAGGGUUAGAGUGGCGGUGAAGGACUGAACAUAUUUGUAAAGGAAGAAUGUGAGCACAAGCCGAGACAUUGGGAAUAGAGAACCUGCACACCCACCCACCCACCCACCCACCCAUCCCGCAGAUGUAAGACUCCCAACCCCAGUCUAAGGGUGAUUUUCUAGACCUGCUACACUGUUCCAUCCCUACAGAACAGCCAUACUGCAAGAAGGCCUUAGAAUUUCAGGAAAUAUAGGUGGCAUUAGAUGCUCAGGAAAGAGGAAGUCUAGCAUGUGGCUCUUGGGGGAUUGACAAGCCCUCAGUGUGGCCCUUUGAACCUGAAAAAUGGUCAGCCGCCUCUGAUGUUAACAAGGGGUUAGCUUGCAAUAGUGCAGUUUGUAAGCAGUGGAAACUGGGAUAGGACUAAUGUUUCAAAGCUGAGUGUGAACUCUGGCUAAACCUUUGGUAUAGAUGGGAACAUCAGUGCAGGCAGUGUGGCUCUCACCUCCCACAGAAUUCAAAAGAAGAAGGGAAAAAGGCAUUGUGCUCCAAUUACUCACAAAAUCAAGAGACUUAAUGGGAGCACAGACUCUGAAAUCUAAUGACCUGGAUGGAUAGAUUUUGGCAAAUGCAGUAUUCUGCCCCAGUAGUAUGCUAGAGCACACUUUUUUGCAUUCACUAAGCAAGAUCACCAUGCUUUCAUCUGUUUUUCACAAAAUGCUGCUUUAUUUUUCAGGAUCAGCUUUAGUCUGCUGUUAAAGCAGAAGCUGGUUUGUCGUUUGGCCCUCCCCAUGUUUCCCCUCUGCAUUUCGAAUCAUUUAGCAAUGUUUUAUGGACAGGAAAUAGGAACUUCUGGUUCAUACACACAGCUGGUUUAAAUAAAUCUCAAACCAAAGGGAACAUGUGGAACUCCCCCACCCCCAGAUUGUAUCCAAGGGAUUUCUGCAAAACUCAGAUCAGAACUUGUGCAGUUCCAAUGGAGUGUUUGUUAAGACUACAAUCUUUGUAAGGGGCAUUUUAAAGACUUUUAGUCCAACUUUCAGCUUGUCAAAAUGACCAAAUAAAGGGCUUCCAAAUCAAUACAAUGUCCUGAAUUUAAUCUGAAUCUGUUGUUUUUAUACAAUUACAAUAUGCUAGCGAAAGAGAACUUAACCAUAAUCCACAGCGAUAUGGUAUGCAAAUAUUUUUGGACGUUUUAAAUAUUAUUUUAUUUUUCAUUGUGUUGCUUCAGCAUUUUGGCGUUUGCCACCCUUGAACCUCUUUGGGUGGAAGGGUGGAAGAGAACUUUUAAUAAUAAUAAUAUUAGAUCAAACAGGGCAUUCUUAAGCCUUAAAAUGGGGUUACUUAAUUAAGCAGCCCCCUUAUGCUGGCGGGAUUGUAAGGGGUGAGGAACAUAUUGGCAUAUGUGGUAGGGAUGUAACUAUGUACACAAGUUCUAGAAGCAGGUUGUAAUGGAAAUUGGUAUUAUUGUUGGCAUGCAGGUCACCCUAGAUGCUAAGCCAUGUAUCUUAUACCUUUUUGUUGCUGCCAGUGAAGUCUUACUUUUCAACAAUUAAUUCUAUAUCUGUUGUUGCUGCUCAUCUUGUGAUCUCUCAGGGUGGAAAGACGCAUCUUGUUAUCUAUGGAUCUAUGGUUUUAAAAAUUUGUGUUCAUUGCCAUUUCUGAAAACUGACUCUGAAAAUACGUGCUGCCAGGGGUGUUGCGGACCCAUCCAACUUUGCUUCUGCUUGGGAACCAGACAAUCUCAUGGUUGUCAAAUUCACACUAAAUAUGAGUUUAUUUGGCAACAGUCAUGAAUAUUUGGUAUGUUGGGUACAGAUAUGAACCACUAUGUAAUUUAUUUUAUGCCAGUCAUUCUUUUUAUGCUUUCUAUGCUUAUUAGGCUUAUUAUUUUAUUAUCUUGUGAUCCCCGUUUUUAUGACUGCUUUUAAGUACAGAUAGGGUGAACCUACAGCAUCAGCAGCUGGCCACAAUCAACCUUUGGGAAUGUUAUUCUCUAUUAGGUAGCGCUUUUAAAGGAAGGACUGGUUCUGUGAUGUUUUUAUUGUAACAAGCUGUACGUGAUUUUUUUUUGUAUAUAUCUUAAUUCUAAUAACUAAUUUAUUAAAGUUAAAAAACAGCCAAGGUUUUUUUUUUUCCUUAGUAAAAAUUGCCCCAUUAAGUUCCAGCUCAGUCUCAGAAUAAGGCCUGGAAACAAUUGCAUGGGCAUGAUAACAGGGCCUUAGUGGCAUGGCAAGACUUACAAGUUUCUCAUAGCUGCGCAUAGAGAGUAGUUUUGCAUAUAAAGAGCUCCAAGGAUCAGUCCAAACGCAAACAAGGAAUUCUGGACAGGCCACAAGAGAGGAACAAACCAAAACCAAAACCUAGCAGCCCCAAAUCAGUUUGAUAAUCCAUAUAUUAUUUUCCUUGAAGUACCGUAUUUUUUGCUCCAUAACACUCACUUUUUUUCUCCUAGAAAGUAAGGGGAAAUGUCUGUGCGUGUUAUGGAACGAAUGCCUACAGAUGGCGGGGGGAUCUGCUGCAGUCGUGAGCAGAGGAUCCAUGGUUCCCCUUCCUUCCCUCCUCCGUGGCUCGCUUUGAAACAGCAAAGCGGGAGAGGAGCCGCUUACACAGGUGUAAGCGGCUCCUGUCUGGUUGGCUCCUUUAAAUCAACCGUGCUCUCUGUCCCUCUCUCCUCACCACUCAGCUCGCUAAAUAGCAGCAAAGCUUUUCAGCGAGCUGAGCCAGGGAGGAGGGAGAGAAGCAGAGCCUGCUUGUUUUAAAGGAGCAAAGUGGGAGAGGAGAGGAACCUUCUUCCCUUAUACCCCUCUUCUGCAUUAUUAGCAGCAUCCUUCUCCACACACCCCACGCAUGUUCCUUCUCUCCUUAAACCCCUCUCCUGCAUUAUUAGCAGCAUCCCUGCAUGAACCACAAAAAACAUACAUCCACUGUUUCGUUUAGAAUAUUUUUUCCUUGUUUUCCUCCUCUAAAAACUAUGCACGUUUUAUGGUCAGGUGCGUGUUAUAGAGCGAAAAAUACGGUACAUCUCUGGUAUGUUUCCCAAGCAACACAAGGGACAUCAGGGAUCAGAAAUGGCCCAUGCAGUUUAGAAUCCUGGAGGCAAAGAAGGCUGUGAGAGUCCCUAUGUCCUAGGAGCUGCUGUUUAUUUGCAUUUAAAUUGUGCACAUCUUCCAAGGUGGGGGAGUGUUACCAUUCCCAUAUUGCAGAUAUGGGACUGAGGCAGAGCUCAUGGCUGCGAUGAGGUCUGACCAGCAGAUUGCCUGUUUCAGAGUUUACACUCUUAGGCAUUGCCCUGGUCCUCAACUCAAUAAGCUUCAUGUUAGGAACUACAUAUUGGCAAUACAUGAUCCUGAAAGGUAUCACUUGCUUCAGAGGUUGUUUUACUGACUUAUCAAAGGAGUGCAGUUUGUAUUUCAGUAGGCAGUCAUUCAACAACCACACUAGAGAUGUAAUAGUUCCUUUUUUUUAAUGUUAUGUUUCUGGGGUUGAGACCAUAGCUCAUAGCUGGAGCUCAGAGUUUGCAUUCAAGAAUUCCAAGGUUCAGCCACUGGCAUCUCCAAUUAGGAAGUAGGGGUUGAUUGGAAAUACGACUGCUAAGCAAGGUAGACAGCACUGGCCUAGAUAGACAAAUAUGCCUGAGUUUGGACAAUUGCACCCAAGCUUUCCAGUCUGAGAUAUAAAUGAGCUUUGUUACCCAUACACACAUAUCUCCUUCUGUCCUCUCUUUGCGGGAGUUAGUCAUUAUAUCCAGAAGUCUCCAAUAAGCCAUGGUUUCCCAUUUUGUCUGAAUCAGGAAAAUACAGUUAGCAGGUUUGGAACAGGCCAGGCUGAUGGUUUUAAGAUUCUGGCUUGUUCUGAAUCUGUUGACCAUAGUUUCCUAGUUCAGACAAAUGAAAAGCUGCAGUUAAUUGGAGAAUUGUUGGUUUAAUUACUGCAUGACACACAGAGAAGGGGUUGCAUGUGACGGCACAAAGCUGUGGUUCCUAUCUUGGCUUAUUAAGUCAAGAUGUGAUUGUCCAAACCAGGCCAUUGUCUGACCUGUUAUAAGGCAGCUGACUCUGUUCCAGAGCAUCAGAUUGGGCAAUACUGUGUGUAUCAGCUGGGCAGAAACACUUAAUGUGGCCUCGUCCAAAUUGUCGCUCUUGGUAACUACAUUCUUAAGCAAGGAAGUGCCUUGAUUCAUAUAAACUAGGACACAUGCCCAGUUCACUGGGAACAGAGGGCUAGAUUCUAAUGUUCUCUAUCAGUGUGAACAUACUUUUGCUAUGAAAUCAAUGACUGUGCAAAGGAUGUUCUUUCCCCUCAUUAAAUUUGCAAGAGUGCAAAUUGGAGGAAAGUGAUUUUGGUGCAUGCACGGCUCAGUUCUGGGGUUUAAUCUGAGAUUUCAGCCUGUUCACUGAGCUUUGUUCAGAGCUUAUAAUAUUUAGAGUGAUGGAAUACGCAAGGAGAGGCGUGUGUGCUUGGCAGUUGUGAGAGCCCUUUUUCAGAGCAGAACAUGAAUCAAGAAUUGCAUAAACUGUACUCCCUAAUUCCCUAAACCAAAGUCUAUUAGAUCAGCUGUGGUGUGUGGAAAUUCCUCCCCCAUACCCGCUUUGCAUCUGAGGAACAGUGCAGGCAAUUAAACCCUGAGUGGAUGGGCUUAGCUAAUUUAAUGUGACCUUGAUGUGAACUACAUUAAGAAAUCUCUUUUGAGCACAACAUGAAACCUAAUCAUUUUAAAAGCAUCUGUCCCUGUGACACACAACUGGAAGAGGAUGUCACUUUAAAUUCUAUGGGAUGCUGCUGGGGCACAUGAUUAUACAAAUUACUGGGAAUGUUACAGCUGGGGAAAUAACUGCUUAUUUGUUUGGGAUUGUUGUUUUGUUGCUGUUUUGGCAAAAUUCCUAGGAUUGUGAGCUCACCCGUUAGAUGUGGAUUCGCAUUGAAUUUUCUUUUGUCUUUAGCACAUUAUGUGUGGGUGGGGCUGGGGGAAUGAUAAUGCAAACCAUAACAGUUUGUAUGUAAGAGAGUUACUUUGUAUUUUGAAACCACCUCCCCCUGCAUAAUUACAUUUCAUAGGGCUGUAAAUUAGCGGUUUUUUUGUAGCCUUUGGGGGAGGAUGCAUAAGAAUAAAAUCCCUUUGGAGAGGGGCAGUGUAAAAGCAAAUAGUAUUUGGCAGUUUUUAUCCAAAUUUCAAGGGGAAUCAACCUACUGGUGAUUUUCAGUUAAUUUUAAAGUAAUAAUUGAAUACUUCUUACUAUUGAGAGCGGAAUGGAACAAAGAUAAUAUAUUGAAGGUUCAGAAGAAUGCAGAAUGUAUGUUUUUUAAUGCAGUUUCCUGUGUCUGCAUGGGAACAUUCAGUCACUGUACUUACACUUUUGCUUACCAUUAAAAAAAUGCUGUUUCCCCGUUUUUCAGAGGGGCAAAGCAGCUAUCAUUGAUGCUAUCAUUGGGCUUGGGAUAUUUCACUGCCACUGAUGACCAAGCUAGACAUUAUGCAAGAGAUCCAUGAUCAGGAUCUCCUGUGAAUUGUGUUUGUACUACUAAUUAGGAGAUCCAAGUUGUUGGUUUGAAGACCAGAGAAGUGCAAACAUUUGAGCCUCCCCCACCCCUUUCUCAAUCCAAACUAAAUGUGUUGGCUCUAAGUGGAGAAAACUUAAAGGUACAAAGCUAAGUGAGGCUGCUAAUGAGAGAGAGAGAGAGAGAGAGAGAGAGAGAGAGAUCAAUAAUUCCUUGUAACAUCACAGAUUCCCUGUAGCACAUGGGUAGGUAAACUAAGGCCCGGGGGCCGGAUCUGGCCCAAUCACCUUCUAAAUCCUAAAAAGCGUGUUUUUACAUGAGUAGAAUGUGUCCUUUUAUUUAAAAUGCAUCUUUGGGUUAUUUGUGUGGCAUUCCCCCCCCCCAAAAUAUAGUCUGGCCUCCCACAAGGUCUGAGGGACAGUGGACUGGCCCCCUGCUGAAAAUGUUUGCUGACCCCUGCUGUAGCAAGUCUAGUUUGGCCUAGGGACGUAACUCCCAUUCCAGUGGGCUGAUGCUAAGAGGGAGAGCCCAUAGCUGUUCUUACAUUGCUCUCCUAUUUAAGGGGGGGGGGAAUAUGUAACUGUGUAAUCUUUGGGUGAUGAAGCAAUCUGCCACAUGGAAUUUAGACAAUAAUGUAAUUGUGCUAAUAAGCUUUCCAGCUGCUUGUGUUAACCCAAACAUAGUUAGCUGUAUACAUUCUUUGUAUCUUCCCACACGUAAUUAGCUGAAUAAAAAUAGCUGGGGAGUAUGUGAUAAUGGUAGGAGAUAGAAGAGCUGAAUCUGCCUGCAGGGAAAGUGUUUCCAUUCAUUGUAAGGCAGCCUUGUAAAUUAGGCUGCCGUCCAAAUCCUGCUUACCUGGGAGUAAGCCCCGCUGAAUUAGAAUUUGCUUCCGUAUAUGCUUAGGAGUGCAGCCUUAGUCUACAGGCUUCAGAUAUUUGCAUUCCUGCAUUUAACAUGUGGCCUAGCAGAAAGAAGAACAGCCAUCUUUCCUUGCAUACAGAAAUCUGGAGAUGAUUCUCUCUGGCCACAAGUGAGCUGCUUUUUGCACACCUGUUUUUAGUCUGAUGUGUUUCCAUAUUUGCAUUGCUGUUUGGUGCCAUCAGUGAAGUAAUAGAAGGCAGGUCCCUGUCCUUAGGAACAUAUCAUCUAAAAUUCAGUGUGGGGGAGAGAGGAGGAAACAGGGAAGUUAGCUUAAGCUUUGCCGCAGGGUGUGUUAUCAGAGGGUGUGGGAACUAGGGGGUCUUGUGUUAAAGGCUUCAUGAAAGAGAUGGAUUUUGAGGAGGUGUGGCAUCCCUUAGGACAUGCGUAGGCAAACUAAGGCCCCGGGGCAAUCACCUUCUAAAUCCAGUCCCUGGCCGGUCCGGGAAUCAGCGUGUUUUUACGUGAGUAGAAUGUUUCCUUUUAUUUAAAAUGCGCCUCUGGGUUAUUUGUGGGGCAUAGGAAUUCGUGCUUUUUUCUCUCUUCAAAAUAUAGUCCAGCCCCUCACAAGGUCUGAGGGACAGUGGACCGGCCCCCUGCUGAAAAAGGUUGCUGACCUUAGGAGGUCUAGAAGGCCUUAGGAGCUCUAGAAGGCAAACAAGAGAAGCGAGAGGGGGAUAUAAGAGCAGAAAAGGAAGACAGAAUUAUUGUGCUACCUUAAAUUCUACUUGCACUUGACACCUGUAAUUGAAACCCUUACAUUACUACUCAUAAGUAUGUUGAGGAGUAUAAGUUUAAACAUGGAAAAAUGCUGAUUUGCGGGUUUUGCUUUUCACUGAGGGUCCCUACAGUUCUAUGAUUCUGUAAUUUUACUAAGUAAUAGAGUUGAUGCUUUACAUGUUAUGAAAUGCUUCUCUGAACUUGGAUUGUCUCUUAUUUAUUUGAGGAAAAACUAUAAAAGAUUGGGAAUAUUCCUCCUGGCCAUUCUUAUUAUUCUGAACAGUGUUUGGUCUUGUCCAUAUGUUCACGUCAGCAACAAUUAAUCAUCUUGAAAUGUUCACAAGGAUCUCCAAAAGGGUUGUCUGUGGACAGGAUUUGUGGGUUGCUACGAAACUCUGAGGGUGAUGAAAGGUUGUGUGUGUGGCCACUGUUGGUGCUUCUGAAAGUUGUGAAACUAGCCUACAGCCAUUGACCAACAGAAAAUCGUUAGAAUCUGCAACUACAUACAUAUAAACACCACAUUUCCCUGCUAUUCCUAACUGGCAGGUUGACAAAUCCUAAAUUGUCUGUUAUGUGAGAUUUGUAGUGAAAUGGAAGAAUUGUACAACAUUUAAUCGUCUUGCAAAAUAUUCUAUAGCAGUCUUGCAAGUUCGGCUAGAAAAGAUACUAGCCUGCAAGGGAGACGCAGAGAUCUAAAUAGAGACCAUUGUCUGUGGCGCCACACCCCUUUUACUUGUAUUUCUUUUUGAUUCAGAUUUGUCAUGGCCAGUGGCUAGUACAAUAAAGUUAUUUGGAUUGGGUUGGAUACUAGCCUGCAACCAAUUUUACUAGACUGCUUGUCCAUACAUACAGAUACAAGUCAUUUGCAGUACAUAAGUAGUCCACUCUCCUCCAGUUUGCUUUCUUGGAGCCACUUCUUGUAAAAUGUCAAAAGGUAAAGGACCCCUCUGGAUGGUCAAAGGCAACUAUGGGGUGUGGCGCUCAUCUCGCUCUCAGGCCGUUGGAGCCAGCAUUUGUCCGCAGACAGCUUUCCGGGUCAUGUGGCCAGCAUGACUAAACCGCUUCUGGCGUAACAGGACACCGUGAUGGAAGCCAGAGCACAUGGAAACACUGCUUACCUUACCACAACAGCAGUACCUAUUUAUCUACUUGCACUGGUAUGCUUUCGAACUGCUAGGUUGGCAGGAGCUGGGACAGAGCAACGGGAGCUCACCCCAUUGCGUGGAUUUGAACUGCUGACCUUCCGAUCAGCAAGCCCAAGACGCUCAGUGGUUUGGACCACAGCGCCACCCGCUCCCCGCACUUCUUGUAACAGGUAUGCAGGUGGGUGGCUAUAAAACAAAGCCUGUUUCAGAGUGUGCUUAAUUGGCCCAGUGAGAAACCCACACAUAAAACAAAUUGUGUACUGGUUGCUUUGUAUUUGCACAAGCAUCUAGGGUAGUUCUUUUUGCAAUUGUUUUUGCUUUGUUUAACCUUGCAUGGCCAGAUGCUCUUGAGAUACAAAUGGAUUAUAACUGAUCUGAACAAAAUGUGGCUUCAUUUUUCGUUUUCUUUUUAACACUGGCAGUAAGUCUGUUAGCAUAAAAAUUGGUCUGGUGUUGCCUCUGACCUUCCCAUUGUUGUGACUUGCAGAAACGUGGCAAAGUAUUUGUUUCUUUUCUUUCUUUUUUUUCCUGCCAGUGUGCUGGACUGCAGCUGGAGUCUGUGUUGUAGAAUCUCCUUGUCCUCUAGUAUGUCUCUGACAAAGCUGUCAUAAUAGAAUAUGGGGUUCUUGGCGUUUCUGAAAUUGCAAGGAUGGAGAGGAUGCAUUGACCCUUCAGCUUCAUCUGCUUAUUUUGCUGUAGAGUAGUUCUUUAUCCCUCUUGUUUCACACCAUUUCGGUCAUAUGCAUCCCUCCCCCACCCCAGCCACAUGAAGUCAUGGGAUACUGUUAAGUCUUGCAUUGUAUUUUAAGUGUACUUCAUAAAGGAAUGCCCUUUUCCACAUUCUGUUUCCAUUGUUCCUUCUUGCAAUGGGGGUCAGCCACUGCCUGUGGCGGCUCACUCUCAUUCCCUUUUGCCUCUGGCUUCAAGACUUGCUGAGUGGAGCCACGCUGUCUUAGUUUUGUCAUUGCUUUUGUGGGUACUGUACAUAAUGUUAGCUUUUGUUUGUCAGAUACGGGCCUUGCACUUCAGUAAGCACUGAAAGCUUCCAUUCACUCAAAGGCAUGGAGGCAAUCCAGUGUUUGGGUGAUUUCCCUCCCCCCACUGCAUUAUAGCACUGCUGAAAGGAGUUAGAGAGCUUUCCAUUUGGUGGCGAAGCUUGCCUGAAGAGGCCCAAAGCUAAUUGUUUGUCUGUUUAACGAAGACUCUCUCUUUGUUAGCAGCAAUCAAAAUUCUGAAGCCUUCCCGUUGUUGUAAGGUAGCUUGGCCUUCCUGUACGCACAUUGCGAACUGUCGUGAUAACACUGGACCGCCCAGGAUAGUAAUAAUCGAAAUUGUACGUCAUUUUUAUGGCGUCAUUCUGAGGCUGUUGCAGAAAUGCUCCACUGCUUCUGUGGCUUUAAAGACACGAUCUGCAAAUUGAUGGGAAUAGUUGGAAGGGAGGCAAUGUUGUGAGGCAAUGUCUUCGCUUGUGAGGUGAAACAGAAAUGUGUUUAUUGCAAAUGAAAAGCUUUCCCUUCUCGACACCAUUCCAAGAUGUUAUUGGUGCACAGUGCACUGAAAAAAACGGGCUGUCAUUGUAUCUGCGAUUACUGUAAUAACUCUUGUGGUACCUAUAGCUUUCCCCCCUCAAAUUCCAUCUCUGAAUGCAGAGUUCCACUCUUCUGCAGGCACAAAGCAAUGUUUCCACAUAAUAGAAUUUUUCCUAGUUGUCUGCUUUCAGUCUCCAUUUUAUAUUUUUCUGUUGCCUUUUGGGGAUCUACAGCUGUGAUUUGUUCCCCAUUGUGAUUUGCCACCCCUAGAGCCUUUGAAGGGGGGGGGGCGGUGUAUAAAUGUAUUUCUAUUGUUACACUUUGCAUGGAAAAAAGUGACUUCGUUUUGUCCUUCCUUACGCUUGAGGAGCAAUGGGUCUUGACUUAAAAGUGCUGCAGAAUCUUUUAUGGUUUGCCUUCAAAAGACACACAUGCUGGCCUGAAGUGUGUUUUCUUCCCACACUAUAUAGAGAACAAGUUAAGUUCAGAUGCAUACUCAGGAAGCUGCCCUUUCCCCCAUUGGAUCUACCAGAUCAUCUCCCUCAAUGUUGUGUGUCUCUUCUGAGGCAAAUACAGUGGUACCUUGGGUUACAGACACUUCAGGGUACAGACGCUUCAGGUUACAGACUCCGCUAACCCAGAAAUAGUACCUCAGGUUAAGAACUUUACCUCAGGAUGAGAACACAAAUCAUGCAGCAGCAGCGGGAGGCCCCAUUAGGUAAAGAGGUACCUCAGGUUAAGAACAGUUUCAGGUUAAGAACAGAUCUCCAGAACGAAUUAAGUUCUUAACCUGAGGUACCACUGUACAUUGCCAGCUUUGCUACUGAAAUGACGGAAUGGAACCUCCUGGGGCUUCUGUACACGGAAUAUGUAUCGCUCUACCACUGAGCGACGGCCUUGCCCUAGUGAUUUUUUUUCUGCCCCUUCUCUGUGUUACUAGUGGGCACUGGCUGUGGUGAUGUGGCAGAUCUUGCUCCGUGACAACUCUGGUUCACACAGAUGAGUGUUGCUAUAGUUGCAAGGGUGGAUCUCGUAAUGAGAAAAGCCAGCAUGUGAGAAGAACUUUCAGCUAGCCACUUAUCUGAUGCAAAAUGAGAAUUUAUCCUUGAUAUACUCCCAGUGAACUGGGUUCAAGAGUUUGACUUGCCAGUAGGCCACUUAAUGGUCGGGGGGACAUAGCUGCCAGUGUGGUUUAGGAGUGUUGGACUAGGGCCCAGGUGACCAGGGUUCAAACUCUCACUGUGCCAUGAAGCUCCACUGGAUGAUGUUGGGCCAGUCACUGCCUGUCAGCAUAAUCUACCCCACAGGGUUGUUGUGGGGGUUAUAUGAGGAGGAGGGGGAACCGUGUACACCAUCUUGAACUCCUUGGAGAAAAAGAUGGCAUACAAAUGCGAUAAAUGAUUAGGACCUUUGCUCUCUGCAGAAGUGAUUUUUUGUAUAUAGCUGUUCCUUUAGCUUAAGAGACUUUGCUCAUGUGUGUGUGUGCAUACAUGUUGCCAAAUAUCAAUGUUGUUUCAUGUCUCUAAUUUUGAAGGUUUGUGUAGAAGUGGUGUUUUGGCCUGAUAACAAUGUCUUGCUGCUUACGGGUGGCCCCCAAGUGCUGCUGAGCAUGCCCCAAAAUGACACACACUGCUAAAGGGGCCAUGUUAAAAUUCAAGCGCAGCUACGAAUUAGAAGCCACAGCUUCCAAUUCAUUUCCGUCUUUACAAGGCCCUAGAACAGAGAUUUGAUUCAAAUCAGGUAUUUUUCUGUUUGAUGACAGCAUUUGCCACCUCGGUAUGUGGAAAUCCAUUGUCUGCUAUCCCUUGCUUUUACUGAGUGAAAAUCCUGCUAUGUUUAGUUCCAGUAAGGCAUCUGCUUUGUUUUGCUUUCUUUUCUCUUACACCUCAAGCCUCCAGCAGCCUGGGAGUUGUUCCCUGUACAAUUUGACAACUUCUAGUCUCUCUCUCUCUCUCUCUCUCUCUCUCUCUCUCCUCCCCCCACUUUCCCCUUGAUUUGCAUGCUGAUGAAUGAGUGGUUUGUGCCUCAAGUGAAAUGGGGAUGUAUAUGCAAAACAGCCAGCAGCUGUUCCUAAAGAAUCCAAGUUUAUUUUCCUCCCUGUGGUGUGCGUCUCCUUGCCUUGUGGACAAGGACUCCAUGCUGAAUGAGAAAUUCAAGUUCUGAUAGCAAGAGAGGCUUUAUGGAUAUAGUUCACUUGGUUACUCUUCUUUCCUGGCUCUGUAGUUUAGCCAGCACACAAAGAUUCACUGGAUAAUAGCUCUUCAUUGUUGCUGCUGCCUGCCAGCUUCUGUUGCAAUUAAGGGGUAAUCUUUUCUAAAUGGUGCUAAAUUAAGCUUAAAUCCCUCUCUCAUGCCACAUUAAGAGGAUGAAUCCCUGGUUUUCUAAAAAGAGCUUAUUGUUUCGGACAGUGACCAAUCCAGUAGUCCAACAGUGGUCUUCAGUAACUUGUGGUAGAAUUCUCAACACACACACACACACACUCAAGGAAGAAUUGCAUAGGCAAUCAAAAGACUCCACUAUCACAAGAGAAAUAUCUCAUUUGUCUCUUGUUUUCAAACUUGGGGGAGGGGAGAUUCUACACAAUGAUUAACUUGCUAUUUAGAAUAAUAAACUUAUCUUCUUGGGUGACAUAGAUGUGAGCUUCUGUGUAAUACAUGCCUCAUCACAUCUAAUUUUAACCUAGGGGUUCAUUUAUCUCGUUGUAAAGGUUGACGACUUGUAGCGUUUGCUGUGGAUAGUGUCCUUGGGUGGUAUUUAGGUAAGUUUUACUCAGAGUAGACUCAUUGAAACUAAUGACUGUGACUAAAUUAGGUCCAGGAAUUUCAGGUUUGCUCUGAGCAAAGCUUAGUUGAAUACCACCCCACGAAUCCUUGCCAUCUGGCUCAAAGCUCAUCUGCCCACCCCUCUUGGUCAGCCUGCUGGAAUCCACUCCCUCUUACCUGUGGAUGAGUGAUAAUGGUGGUGGUGGUGGGGUCUUGGUCAACCCUAAGUUGGCCUGCCAACCUACUUAUUUUUCCUAAUGGCACAUGCAGUGGUAAAUGGGAGAGCGGUUAUAUUAAGGAUUGGUCAGUAAAUGAAUGGCCACCUUGUUGGUUAAAAAUAAAGCUGCUAGUGUACAAUUUCUGUGCACUUUGAUUUGUUCUAAUGGAUACGACACACAAGCAGCUAAUCUCAAUCGAGGCUAAUAAUAUUUUAUUUGGACGCAUUUUAACAGGUUCCAAAAGAAGGCCACUGGACUACUGUUCCUAAUGCAAGUCUGAAGGCCUCUGCCAUUCAAGGAUUGCAGCGUUAAUGUUGCUAAUGUUUGAGCCAGAACUGUUUUAGGAUGGGCUCCAGUUGGCAGCAGAAACAGCCUUUCCAAACUGCUGAGCAUUCAUCAAGGGUAGUUAAUGUAGUACCCUCCAGUUGUUGUGCUACAAUUCCCAUCAUCCCUAACCACUGACCAUGCUGACUGAGGCUGUGGGGAGUUGUAGUGCAAAACCUGCAGGCCGCCAUGUUGGCUAACCUAGGUAUACACAAAUGAGAUCAUUGUACUGAGCAGAAAUGGAGGGACGCUUGGCAAAGUGCCCCACUGGCAAUGUGAGGGUGCUAUGAAAGGAUCAGCUUACAGAAUACUUGUAAUGCAGAUCCAGGGAGCGUUGCUUAGUUUCAACAGACUUUGUGAUAUUGUUGUGUAGCCAAAUCAGAUUGGAAAUUGUGAUAGCAUCCUUUUCAAUGCACGGUCUUUGAUUUAUUGUGAUCUCUUUCCAGAUACAAGAAGUCCUGGUUUUAAAAAAAACAAACAGCAACACACACAUACACACGCUUGUGCCAAAUCAGCUGCCAGUUUGGUGGAGCACAGCCAGAACAAAUUUUAAUUGAGAGGGGAAUAUUUCAACAACACCCGGCAUCAACACACACUACUCUCCUACAGACAAGGGAGAACAUUGGCUCAGCUUUGCUACUACAAAGCAAAAUACGGUUAAUGCUGGGAAGCGAGGUGGAAUUAUUAUGGAAAAGGGGCAUGGGCAUAGCCAGGAUUUAUUUUAGGGGGGAGGCAGGCUUUAUGUGUAUGAGGGGGGUGGGCAGAACCGAGAGAUCUGUGAUGCUAUUGGUCAGUUAGUUAAGUAUUUCUGUUUAUUUACUUGAUUCGGGGGGGCAGCUGUCCCCUUGAAGCCCCCACAACUACGCCCAUGAAAAGGGGAGAAGGAUGGUGGAUGGGAUGCAUCUCUGAGAUCGGCUUCCAAGUUGCAGAAUGUAGUUUACAGGGAGCUGUCUUUAUGGCUGUACCAGUAAUAAUAAUACUGACACAGAAACUCUCUGCCGUCUGGAUUAUGAAUGGACACUCAGCAUUCAGAUAUAGAUGAUAUCAAGCUGUCUUUCAGUCUAAAUUUUUAGCAUUCACGAGUUGCAGCUAUAUCUUGAUAACACUUACUGUCUGGCCUAACUGGAAAAUAAAAUGCUUUCUGAGAAGGUGGCAGGAGGUGUGUUGGAAUCAAUAACCCCCGGGCUGUGUUUGUGUGUGUGUGUAAUCGGUCUAGUGCUCCUAUAGUCAAUUAAAACAAAAUAGACACAGGCUUUUUAUUAGAUGUGCAGACCAGCAGGCAAUGAGGUCCUUGGCUGAAUGCUGGGGGUCCUGGGUAAAUUUAAUUAUAAGAAGUUUUCAAUUAGUUGCUGCCAUCUGUGACAAAAACCUAGUUGAACUGCUUGUAGCUGGAGAUAAUACAUUAGCAAUCUCUCACCAAUAUGCUGUGCAGCCCAUUCUGAAGAACGGACUUGAAAGGCUGGCGUGCCAACAACUAUGCAUCAGAUUUAGGUCACGGUUGCAGUAGGGCAGCAUGUUGUUAAGUAGCUUAGGCGAAAAAGGUAGCUUUUGAUUUACAAUUGUUUAUAAAAACAUGGGCUAAUACUGCUGAGCAAGAAGUACAGAAGCAAACUAAUGAGCAUAGACAUUGUUUAACUUUCUUUUAUUUCCCUAGAACGGUAUAGCUCUGCUUUAGUGCUGGCUGCCUGCAAUAAUGGAAAAUAAAUGGUUUUUUAAAAAGGGUUUUUUAAAAAGAGAAACAAAGGAGAUCUGAAGCCACCCUUUUGAAAGUGAGCACCAUUCCUGGUGCUAGUUAUGGUUCAUAUUAUACUUGAAGAGAGACACAAGUGAGGGGUAAUGCAAACCAUGGUUUAUCCCACUUUAUAAGCCAGUGAUUGAAACAAUGGUUUGAAGUGAUUUUGCAAGCUGUGGUCAGAAGGGAUCCUCGUUUGCCUUUUGCAACUUUGCAUCAGUACACGUAAAACAGAGGGGAAUUGUUCCGAAGAGGGAAUAAAUUAAGUGGAGGGGAGGGGAAUAAGUGUGCCCCAAACUAGUUUCUGUUUUGCAAAGCAUCAUUUAUAAGGAUCCAAUGUUUUAUCUGUAGUAGGUUGUAGUCUGAUUAAAAUUAGGGAGCCCUUUUAAGUACACCAUUGAAAUGAAAGCAUUGUGUUAGUGUUGCACAAGUGCAGAAAAUUUUAGAAUCUUACUAUAGAUGGCUAAUACCCAUGCAUGCUACAGAAAGAUAGGGAACAAUGUCCAUUGUAUCUGGAAUGAAUGUAACAUUACAUGUAGUACUUAAUGCUGUCCAGCAAAUAAUAGAAUUGAAAGUCAUACACACUAGCAAAGGUGCAGAAUUCCUCCUCUAGGCUUGUGGAACAUGAGGAUUUGAUACCUUAGCUCCAUUAUCUUGGAGAGCAUGCCUGCAAAUGCUGCUAAAUCUGAUUUUAAGCUCUGCUCAUGUUGUUUGACGUGAUGGCUUCCUGUAGGGAACGACUUCCAAAGUAGGCAAUAAAACAAUAUUUACUCACAGCUGACUGCAAUAAGGAGUUUAUUUUUAGCCACCUUCACCACAGAAAAAAACAAUAAUCGGGUUUAGAUAAGGCUUUUAAAACUUGGACUGUUUCCCUUGGUCCAUUUUCCAUUUAUGUUUUUGUAACUGAUUCCACCCUACCACCCCAGUGAGUGAUAAUCCUAAACAAUUAUUUAUACACUGUCUAAAAUCCUAAUUCUGUGGGGCAGGUCUGAUUUGAUUUCUAUAUUGGUCUGUUUUUCAGUGGCCUUAUAUCAGGUUUUUGUGUAUGUCUUUAUAAUUUGGAUAUUCUAUCAGUAAAGCUUUGAGUCUCCAAGUAUCUUAAUCAGUUCAUUGUUACUGAAGGUUGUCAGUGUCACAUAAAUUGUGUGACUCUUUUAUGACCAUAUACCUUCCAGGAAACUGACCAAGCAUGUGCUGGGUAAUUGCAUAUAACACAUAACUGUGGCAGAUGUAUUGGGACUGGCCAAUGUCAUACAACAGGACGUAAGGUCAUUGCUACCUGGACCAUAUGGUUGCUCUGCAUAUCCCAGUGUAGCCAAGACUGCAGCUGCCUUGCUUUUGUUGUAUGCUCUGCCACAGCUUAUGACUGUAUUUUGUACACAGGCAAGGGAUAAGUGGCCACUCUAGAAUGAAGUACACUGGAAACAUAAUCCAGCACAAAUUAGCUUUUCUUAACGAUGAUGAGGAUGAUGACAAUAAUAAGAAAACAAUAUGAUUAAUUUAUUAAUAAUUUAUUAAUCAACUUCUACCCAACCAUCUCAAGGCAAUGUACAAUUAAAAUAGCAAAAAAAAUAUUUAAAAACACAACAAAAUCAGAUACACGUAAAACUCAAAUCAAUAUAAAAAGCAGAUACUCAUGGCAAGGACCCAUUUAUUCAGCUGGGAAAGCCUAUUGGAACAAAAUUUUCUUCAACCGUUUCUGGAAAGUGCCUUCCCUGCUGAAGACAUUCCCACAGGGGAAUUGCAUUUACGAAUUUGUGGGAACCUUAAGUUGUUUGAAAUCUUCCAGUUGUGAAGAUGAUCCUAGACGUAAUGAGUUGAUGGCUGUUUCUGAUCCUUUCUGGCAUGGACAAAAAUAUAUUGGGAGCCUGAGGGCCAGACCCUGUGGAAAAUCUGGGCACAUAGCUGCCCUAGCCUGCUUCCUGCUCUGUGCCGCUCAGCUAUGUCAAGAGCUGCCUUCAUUUUUGCUGUGUUAACCGCUUGACCCAAUGUUCAAUAUUUUCAGCUCACAUAUGAAAGUUUGUAUUUCCUUUUCUUUUGAGCAGCUUCGCCGUUUCGUAGCGAGAAUAAGUAAAGCAAUACACUUUAAUAUAUUGAGGUUAAUUCAAGUUGUGCCAUGCUGCUACAUUGUCUGAUAUUUUGCUCUGCAGUUGAAGCUUCCUCUGAGCAAAAUCUGUCCAUUGUGCUCAUUGAAAACUAUGUAGCAGCUUUGAUUACCAUUUUCCUGUGUGCAGAGAGAGCACAGUUUAGGCAUUAUUCGUAGAAGAUGACUUCACUGUUGCAUCAGCACUGCCUUCAAACCCUGGCAAAAAGCACUUUUGUGUUUACAGAAGCAAAAUGGCAUCAAAUUAGGGCAGUGAAAGAGAAGCUGCGUUUAUUGCGACUUCUUAUGCUAAGGCCUCACAGGAAGCUCAUAGAUCUUGUUUCUUAAAUGCAAAGGUGAUCUGAGAACUGCCUCUUUAUCAAACAUCUACAGAAGUUUAUACCAGGGUGGGCAUCUGUGCAAUGUAAGAAGCUGUUGGGACUGAUGGUAAAAACAUUCCUUUUUAAUAUACAAACUGAUCUUUUGAAAGAGAGAAAAAAACCCUACACUGCUGAAUAUCAGCCUUGUGCUGUAAAAAUUCCAACUCCCAAGCAAUUAGAAGGGUAAUAGCAGCAGGGCAUCUUCUCCACAGCAGGUGAAUAGUUUUGCUGAACUGUAAUAACUUCAAAAUUGCAUACCAGGCUUUCUGACCUGAAUCAUUAGUCUCUGUUCUAAGAGCAUGACAGACCUCUUGUUCAGCAGAUGUAGCUUUUUAAAAAAUAAUUAGCAUCACCUUUGAUAGCUGCGUUGUGCCAUUGCCUUGUUUUAAAGCCUGGUUUAGCCUGCAAAAUGGAUCCCUCUUCUUCAGCUAACUGUAAAGCUAAGUCUGGAAAACAGGAACUUGAUUCUAUUUUUAACACAGUGCAGGCCACUCGCUGUUGUUUUUGGACAGGUACCAAAAUAUGGCAGUUCCCACUGGCACCAUGAUAUUAGAAAGAGCUGAAAUGUUGAGACACUGAAACAUUUAAAUGUGAUUGGGAGGUUAGAAUUUCAGUUCAGGUUAUUGUGCGGUUUCACCUGCUGGACUUCAGGUUGGAUGCUUCUCUCCCCCACCCCCCUUACCUUGCCUUUUACUGUGCUCCAGGUUCCCUUUUUAUGUCUCCAUCAUUAAUAUCUUAAUUUAUAUCUUAAUUAAUAUUAAGAUAUAAAUAUCUUAAUUAAAUCUUAAUUAACAUCUUAAUAAAUCUUAAUUAAUAUCUUAAUAGAUAUCUUAAUUAAUAUAUUAUCAUUAAUAAUAUAAUACAUUAAUAUCUAGUACAUAUAGCCCUCCGUAGUUAAGAUUGCUCAACCUUUUUCCUGGCUGCAUAUGAAAGGCAAGGCAGAACAUCCUUAUCUGUCCUCUACAAUACUGUACAGAUAGACCAACAUCACUUGUAUGGGACUGAACAGAAUAAGAAUCUGUGGAGGCAGCCAAUAGGAUUUUCAAAGGUAGUUCUUUAAAGAAAAGGGAAAGAACUUGGCCAGCUGUAGAAGAGGGUACAGAGAGUGUACCAAUAUACGUUAAUGCUGGAAAGAUGCCUCUGCAUUCUCCUGUUAGGCAUAAAACUGCUGACAUUUCUCUUUUCCUGUCCAACAUUGUUCUGUAUUUCCCCUUAACCCUUCCUAUUGUUGUUCCAUAUCAUUAAUAAAUCUUUUUGACUUGCGAUUUUGUGUGUGGUUAUUGCACAAAGCACAGAGAUCAUCUGAGGAAAUCUGGGAUGUCUGCAUUUUCAUAAAUAUUUCCAAAGGCUCUGUGUUUGGAGCACGAUCAAUUUCCUUUUGGAGAAGCAAGGCUGAUAAAGACCCCUUUGGGGGCCUACUUGUGUGACUUUUUCUUGCCUCGCCCGAGAGCCAGGAUUCUGACCUCAGCUGCUUCAAGGGGGACAUCACAUGUGCUAGUAAUGGGACCAACCAGGACAUCAAGCAUGAGAGGGAUGCAUGAGACUUGCAGUAACAGACAUGGGUUUCUGAACCUACUUGGAUGAAGAGACAAUCUGCGUCAGAACAGAAUAACCAAAGGCCUAUCUAGUCUGACUCCAGCACCCUGUUCUCAUAGUGGCCAACCAGAUACCUAUGCGAAACCUGCAAGCAGGACCUGACAGCAUUUUGUUCUCCUCGAGUUUCUAGCAACUGGUGUUCAGAAUGAUUCCCUUGGUUUUCCCCUGCAAAAAGCAUUUUUGACAUGACAGCUUAAAAAUAGCCAUCUGCUAUUAAGUAAUGUCAUAUGAUCCUAUGAUUUCCUUCUGCUUUCAUGGUUAGUUCUGCUGGGCAAAAAUCAGGACAUAUGAAAGAAACUACUCCUUCCUGUUUUCCAUUUUGUAACUAAAUGUUGGCACUGCUUAUUCCUUGGAGACCUCUGACCAAAUAUAUCUCCAGAGAGAAUUAUCCAUUUUGUUUUGUUUUGUUUGGAAUGACCUUGACUCGCCGUUGACCAAUGACAUCACCAUCAGGAAGGCUUUGUAAUGCAGGCUGCAAGUUCCUUCACACAGAUGCUCUAGAUAUUAGUAGCAUUUAAAUGGAUUGCUUUUUAGUCAUGUUUCUCAGCCUCCCAGUCAGCUUGGCACCAGUAUAGGAUGUCUGUGGCACCUGGAGCCUGCCUGUGGCAUGAAAUGGAAGCUGGCAAAAUGCCUUGGGUAGCUCCAGAAGGGGGAGGCUGGAUGGGAAGAAGUAAGAAAGCAUUUGCAGGAUCAGAACAGUCAGGGAAACGGAUCAAAGAGGUCACAGGCUGAAGCCAGGUAGGGGAGAGUAGCUGAAGGAAGAGCUGACAGGCAGCUUGGGAAGACCGAAAAAGGAAGAAGACAGAGGAGGGACAGAAGGAGAACUGAGAAAGAGAACUGUCACAGGCCAGCAUUAGGGAUGUGGGGUGGGAAGAGAGAAGAGUGAAUAGGCAAAAAUGCAGAGAGCAGAGGUGCAAGAGAACAUGGCUGGAGCAGUGUCAGUUGGGGAUUGACACCCAUACCCAGUACAGAAGAGAGCUGGGCUGGGGGGCAGGUGAUAUCCAAGGGGGUUGUGGAGCUGGGGAGGGGCUUAAGUACAGAGUGUAUUGCUUAGUUUGCUGGCACAUUAUGAUGGUUCAGAAAAACAGACUUGUGGGGGGUGGGACAGGACAUUAUCAGUCAGAUGGGCGGGGGUAUAAGUAAUAAAUGAUUAUUAUUAACAUUUCCCAAAAAACUUCAAAAUUGCUAUUCAGUGCAGCCUUUACCAUCCCUUUAAUUCCGCUGCCCCUGCUUCUGAAAGAACCAAAAAAUUCUAAUUACAGUCAGCAAAAUUAUUUGGGGAACCUUUAAUUUUUCUCCUCCUCUGCAACUAUUUUGCUAUGUUCUCUGAAGAUCUCUGGCUGCCAGUCUGUUUUUAAGCCACUUAAAAACAGCUCAAGCAGCUGUUGGUUUAGCAGUUUACUCCCAAGCAAUCUUUGAGCUCCCCAGGAUAGCAUUUUUUUCAUUGUGAGUAAUGUGGUUGUGGGCAGCCAGUCAGUCCUGUCAAAGGGCCAUCAAGAUGAUUUCCUUCCGUUCAACCUCUCUCCUGCCUCUUCUGGCCUCCUGAGAGCAGGGCGUAAGGAGGCACAUGGCUUGCAACGGGAAAAAGAGGAGCUGAAAAGAUGCCACGCUAAAUGCCCAAGUGUGUUUUGGCAUGGAGGGCUCACUUGGCAUGUGUGUGACAAGGAUCUCAUUUCCAAGGCUGUGAAUAACGAUUACAGCCUCAACUGUGUGUAACAAAACCAAAUUGCCACUCCAGUGGGGCAAACAGUGUUUGAUUUCCUGUUUCCUGGUCAAAAGAGUUCACUUUGUUCAAAGAGGAAAAAAUAAAUGCUGACAAAUGAAGCACCCUCCUUGCUGUGACUAAUGUCCCUUGGCUCUUGAUACCAUGUAGUUAAUCGUAGGAUCACAUAAUUUCUCACUUUGGGGAAUGUGGCUGAUUUAUGCAGUGUUUGUAAAACGUUUCAAACACAGAAGUGAGGCCUAACAUCGAAGCUUGCACUAACUUUUUUUGGGGACAGCUCCAUGCAAGCAAUCUGUAUGUGCCUGAAAAAACAGCAAAAUACCCACUGGCACCUUAAAAGACUUAACACCUGUGAGACUAGACAUCCAGUGUGGUGUAGUGGUUAGUGUGUAGUACUAGGACCUGGGAAACCAGGGUUCGAAUCCCCACUUUGCUAUGAAACUCACUGGGUGACAUUGGACUAACCAUGGCCUCUAAGCUUAACCUACCUCACAGGAUUUGUUGUGGGGAUUAAAUGAGGAGGGAGAGGACCAUGCACACUAGGUUGAGCUCCUUGCAAUAAGUAGUACAUUUAAUAUAGCAUAAAUCAUGGGUAGGCAAACUAAGGCCCGGGGGCCGGAUCCGGCCCAGUUGCCUUCUCAAUCCAGCCCACGGACGGUCCAGGAAUCAGCAUGUUUUUACAUGAGUAGAAUGUGUGCUUUUAUUUAAAAUGCAUCUCGGGGUUAUUUGUGGGACAUAGGAAUUCAUUCAUUCCCCCCCAAUAUACUCCGGCUCCCCACAAGGUCUGAGGGACAGUGGACCGGCCCCCUGCUGAAAAAGUUUGGUGACCCCUGAAUGUACUCCAGCUUAAGGCUACCCUCUAGCAAAUUUGCCUGACUAGUUUGCAAGAGAAAUAAGACCGCCCAGUCAAAAGAAUGAAGAGAAUCACAUUGGUAUUGGGGAAACCAUCUCAAUAACUGAAACUGACAACACACCAGAAGAUGAUUCCAACCAGUUUGAACAGCAACAACAAAAACUUUCUAAAAAAACCAAUAAGGAUGGUGACAGGGAAUUCUGUAACUUGGGUGCCAUCACUGAGGCCCCAUCUACGCCAGACAUUUAAAGCAGUAUCAUACCACUUUAUAUGGUCCUGGGAACUGCAGUUUGUUAAGGGUGCUGAGAGUGCUUAGGACCCACCCCCAUUUCCCUCAAAAAGCUACAGUUCCCAGAAGAGGGCUUGUUUGUUAAACCACUCUGGAAGUUGUCUCUCUGUGAGGGGAACAGGAGUUUCAGAACCCUUAACAAACCACAGUUCCCUGGGUUCUUUUGGGGAAGCCAUGACUUUUUAAAGUGAUAUGAUAAAGCUUUAAAUGCAUACUGGAGAUGGGCACUGAGAGAAGGCCUUUGGUCUCAAAAGCAAUGAUUGGAGCACUGUCAGUUGAGGGAACUCAGAUUUCAAAAUUCAAACACUUGCUCAAAUGACUGUUCAAUAAUCCAACCAGAACUGCAGAACUACAUUUAAUAAUUACAGGGUUGGUUAGAGGAAGGGAGGGUAAGGGUAGGACAUAUAUUACUUUGCGUGAUGAUGGACACAGGUUAUACUUUGCUAUCACGUGGAAGCUGGUUUACGUUACUCCCAUGUGCAAGUUGUUCUAGUGUAGGAAACCAUUUGCCAGCAGCAGAUCAUCCUGAGGUCAAGGCAGUUUUCUGUAUGCCAAAGGAGCUACCGUAUUUUUCGUUCUAUAGGACGCACAUUUCCCCCUCCAAAAAUUAAGGUGAAAUGUGUGUGCGUCCUAUAGAGUGAAUGCAGGCUGCGCCGCUAAGCCCAAAGCCAGAACAGGAAGACGGAGCACUGCGGAGCGCUCCAUCUCGCUGCUCUAGCUUGGGGACGGCUGCCCGCAAACCUCUGCAGGGCAGCGGGGUGCCUUCAUCCCGCUGUCCUGCAGAAGCUAGCAAGGCUGUUCCCAAGCCAGAACAGCGAGACGGAGGGCUCCGUCUCGCUGCUCUAGCUUGGGGACGGCUGCGCACACAGCCUCUCCAGGGCAGCGGGGUGCUGCGCUCCAAAGGCUUCAGGGAUCUUUGAGGCUGGCGGUGGGGGAAAGCAGCACUUCCCCCCACCGCCAGCCCCACAAGCUCUGGUGAAUGUACCUUGAACGCACCUUGUUUUAGAGGGGGAGAACAAGAAAAAAAAUUUUUCCCUGUUCUCCCCCUCCUAUGGUCCGGUGCGUCCUAUGGUCCAGUGCGUCCAAUGGAGCGAAAAAUACGGCAUGUUGAUUUGGGGCAUUUGCUGUGGUGCUUAGGAAUUCUCUAUAAUUGUACCUUUGAAGUGUAAAGGUAAAGGGACCCCUGACCAUUAGGUCCAGUCGCGGACAACUCUGGGGUUGCGAUGCUCAUCUUGCUUUACUGGCCGAGGGAGUCGGUGUUUGUCCGCAUACAGCUUCUGGGUCAUGUAGCCAGCAUGACUAAGCUGCUUCUGGCGAACCAGAGCAGCGCACGGAAACGCCAUUCACCUUCCCGCCAGAGCGGUACCUAUUUACCUAUCUACUUGCACUGUGUGCUUUUGAACUGCUAGGUUGGCAGGAGCAGGGACCAAGCAACGAGAGUUCACCCCGUCACUGGGAUUCGAACCGCCGAACUUCUGAUUGGCAAGCCCUAGGCUCUGUGGUUUAACCCACAAUGACACCUGCGUCCCUCACAGGUCAAACUAGCUGUGACAUGGCUUGUUUGUUGAGGGUUGCCUCUUUGUGGUUGUUUUUAACUUUUAGACCAGCUUUACUGCCUUUUUCAGAAGUGGUCUGGUAAAUGUUCAAGGGUUGGGUUGGGGGCUGUUUAAAAAACAAAACAAAAACCUUGAAAAUAUUGGCUGUGGCUGAAUUCUUACUGCCUUUCACAACCCAAAGAUCUUCUCUUUUCAUUCUGGUCACCUAGAAUUUGUGAAGUUUCUUAUACAUGCACAUCUAAUAUAGUCCUUUGGAAAAUGGAGCAGAGUGCAAGACCAUGGCUUCCCCCCGCCCUCUGAUCUUGUUUGGAUUCUAGAAGACGAAAAUGAAACUGAGGCUCAGCAGGGACAGUUUAAUGUGCUAAUAUUCCUUAGUGCCCAUUUCUGAAUCCAGCUUAUAAGGGUCGUGUUUCUGGAUUGCUGGAUUCCUUUCUUAUUCUUCACCCUUAAAGAAGACGUUCGCUCAAGGCCUAGUCACUUAGCAAGGGCAAUGGGGAGCUCCUCUCAAUAAGACUGCUUUAUUUUUAAUGCUUCAUCCUGCUUCCUGCACCAGCACUUUCUCUUGGGGCGCUUCUUUCCUUGACUGAAUUACAAUAAAUGCCUUUUAGCGGCAUUUAUCGUAAUCACGUGUCCAUGCCCGUUAGCUUCCAAACACAGCAUUAUUGUCAAGGGGGGAUGCUGUACAUGGUAAUGUAAAUGUAAUGGGGAGAAUCCAGCCUGCCUUGAAACGCGCCUUGUGAAUGGGCGAAAGCAGCAAUUAAUGUCUCAAUGUUGGUUCAUCUGUUGAGUACAAUUAGCUUCAUCUAUCAGCCUUUCACUUCAGAGAAAAGGGCAGUGUGGCAUUUAUUAAAGGACGGCCUUGUUCUGCUUGACAUUUCAGAGCCGCAUGUCACUGGGUGUCUCAGCUGGAGGAAUGGGUGAGACUGGGGGACACAGCAAUGUAUUUGUGGGACUUGGAUUGAAACUGGCAGUGCCUUGGAGAUGUGGAAGCGAAUGUAGACCCUCUGCUUUAGAAGUGGUGGUGGUGUGGGGAGGGACGUGGCUCCCAAGUGUGAAUGCUUUCCCUCUUUUUUGCUUUCUAGGAAAAAGUUGCUAGACAGACAUCUCGCCCCCUCCCUACCGCCCAGCAGAGCGCUCCAUGGGCUAUUAGUGAUGCCCCUUCUCACACUUCCAGCAGAAGUGUUUAAUUGGAGCCUGCUGUGAGGCGAGCUCUGAUUCCAGGAGGCCUGCAGUGUGAUAAAGGUUACAUCAUUUCGCUGCCACUGUGGAUUGUGAUAACAUGUUGAGCUCUUUUUACCCCCUCCUCCUCCUCUACACACACACACACACACACACACACACACACACACACCCCUUUAUCUUCUUUAUGAUACACACAGGGAAGGAGGGUGACAUAGGAUAGCGCUGUUGCUUUUCAGUGCAGCAAAAGUCAGUGCAGCAGAUAUUUUGGAUGGUGCAGCCUCCAUCAGGUGGGGCAGUUUGGGGCGGUUCAUACAAAUGCAUUGUGUUAAAAUGGCAAAUUUGCAGACAAACAGAAGUGGCGUUUGCGAUAGCCUCUUGAGGGAGUUGGGGGAGGGCCGCAGCAAAGUCAUAGAGCAUUUGCUUUGGAUGCAGAGUCUGCGGUGUUCAUUGGCAGCCUAGAUCUUCUUCAGUUGCCUAAAGCAUGCCUCAUGGAAGACUCUCUCUUUCUCUCUCUCUAGGUGUGGGAGGAAAAGUGCUUGGCUCUGCAAAUUGGGAAGAAGUAGGGUAAAGAACAAAAUGUUUUAUUAGGCUCUUAAGUGCAUACAUGGUGUUAUUUUGGCACUGCUUAGAUUACUAGUGGCAUUGGGUUCAGCUGCUGGGGAUAUAGACAGCAUCCUCAUCCUUAAUUCCUGGAUCACCUUCCAGGCUUCCCCCCCUGGGCAUUUUAUGUGGAUUUACUUCAGGUAUUCCCUGUUCGCAUGCUGUCUGAAGGUGUAUCUAAGCCUACACUUAAAUCCACAUGCUUUACAGGAGAUCACAAAAAAGAGAGAAAGAAAAGCAGGCGGGUUUUCUCCAAGCUUUUCCUGUGAAACCAGCACCUUCUCUCAUUGAAUACAAAGUUUUACUGUUUCUGCAUAAGCCAGCAGGUCUUUGCACAUAAAGGGAAAACAAGCCUCUUGAGCACAAUGCCUGUGGCACUUAUUACACUAGCAUAUUCAAAUACAGAUUCUCCAGUCAUGUAGGUGGAAUCCUAAGGGCUUUUUGACACAUAAUACAGCAGCAAACUUGGAUUCAAGACCAAGUGCACACUUGAAGAGCUGCACUCUGAUGAACAUACCUGUCUGACAGGUAUAAAAAGGCCCUAAUGUAGAUGCUUUUUGUUGAUGAGCUGAUAGCCCUGAUAUUGAAUAAUUGGCAUGUGAUAUUGAUCAUCCUCUAGCUGGUAUAAUCUGGAGUGAGAAACCUCAGGCCAAAUGCAGUCUUCCAGAUCUCUCUAGUUAAUCCUCAGGACUCUUCCUCUAGCUCCGCCCCUUCUCAGGCUACACCCUCACCAGUCUUGCUCCAUGCCCUCCUCAAGCAGUACUGCAUCCUGGAACUACAAAUAAUAAUAAUAAUAAUAAUAAUAAUAAUAAUAAUAAAAUUUAUACCCCGCCCAUCUGGCUGGGUUUCCCCAGCCACUCUGGACGGCUUCCAAUAAAAUAUUAAAAUACAAGGUACAUUCUUUCACCUUUGGUGGACGUGCCCAAGGAUUAAGGCUUUCUGGGAGAUGAUUUAUAAUGAAAUAAAAAAGGUAUUUAAAUAUACCUUUCUGAAGAAACCAGAGGCCUUUCUUCUGGGCAUUGUCGGCCAAUUGGUGCCAAAGAAGGACAGAACCUUUUUUAUGUAUGCUACAACAGCAGCAAGAAUACUCAUCGCAAAGUAUUGGAAGACACAAGAUCUACCCACUCUGGAAGAAUGGCAGAUGAAGAUGAUUGACUACAUGGAAUUGGCGGAAAUGACUGGCAGAAUCCGAGACCAGGGAGAAGAGUCGGUGAAAGAAGACUGGAAGAAAUUUAAAGAUGAUUUACAGAAAUAUUGUAAAAUUAAGGAAUCUUAGAAGGAUGUUGGAUAGAAACUAAGAGGUUUUUAGCUGUAAUGCUUUAAGAGCUAUGAAAAAAGGUUUACAAUUGGGCAAAAGUUUAAUGGUAAGGAUUUGCUGAACUAACAAACUGAACUGGAAUACAAAAAGGGAGGUAUGAGGAGGUCCGGGGAAAUAAGUCUAGGGAAGAUAGGUUUGGAAAAUUAAUGUCUUUUUAACUGUUUUAUUUUGUAUGUUUCUUUUUUAUCCUUUAUUUUUUUGUUAUACUUUAAAAAACUUUACUCUUUUUUCUGUAUAAAAAAAAAAAUUAAAAUACAAUAGUCCUCUGACACAAAACCCCACAUAUAUUAAGUAAAAUAGAAACAUCGCCACCCAGCCUCAACCCCACUCACCUUUCCCCCCUCCACCUCUUUCCCCCUUUUCUUCCUAAUGUCUCAACAAAUGAAACUGAUCUGUAAAAAAUGUUACUUGAAAAAAAAAAGAGAGAGAGACAUUUCACAUACUUUUGUAAACACGAGAAAAACCUGAUGGAUCAGGCCAGUGUCUCGUCUAGUCCAGCUUCCUGUUGUCACAGUGGCCAACUAGAUGCCUAUGGGAAGCCCCCAAACAGGACUUGAGCACAACAGUCAGCACACAAGACUUGACUAAUGCUCAGCAUUUCAGGAAUUGUAUACACAUGUGUGCAGAGGUAAUCCUCAUUGAGUUUAAUCCCGUGCACACCUUUUUUUGAGAUGAAGCCGCCACAUUUAGCACAGUAGGGUCUUUCUUUGAGUAAGCAUGAUUGCUGCUUCAUCCUUGUACCAUUUUGUAAUCAGAAGAAACAACAACUUUGAAUGAACUUACAGUGGUGCCUCGCAAGACGAAAUUAAUUCGUUCCGCGAGUUUUUUCGUCUAGCGAAUUUUUCGUCUUGCGAAGCACGAAAUCCCAUAGGAAUGCAUUGAAAUCCAAUCAAUGCGUUCCUAUGGUCAAAAAAAGUCCAAACAAAGCCAAAUUUGGUACAACAAGAGUUUAUUAAGUGCUCUUUAAAGUCACACAUACUGUAAAGAGCAUUUCAAAAAUUGAAGGAACAAUAAAUUAAGUUUCUAAACAUGACAGAAAAACAUUUUAAAAUCAACAAAGUGUACAGUACAUUUUCUAAGACUCUGGGGGACAACUCGAAGAAGGUUCCUCUUCCACUCUUUGCUUCUUGCUGAAGAACCCACUCCUCAACUGUUCCCCCAGCCACCCACCACACAGAAAUUCAAAUCCAGAAUUUUUUUUUAAAAACAGCAGAGUGGCCCAAUGGUCACAGAAAAUCAUAAAAAUGCAGAGAAAAACCACACAAGCUUCCAGAUUCUUGCAAACCCCUCCUCAACUGUUCCCCCAGCCACCCACCACACAGAAAUUCAAAUCCAGAAUUUUUUUUAAAAAACAGCAGAGUGGCCCAAUGGUCACAGAAAAUCAUAAAAAUGCAGAAAAAACACACACAAGCUUCCAGAUUCUUGCAAACCCCUCCCCAACACCAAGUCCUUGAAUUCCAAACACCCCAACCCAAAAUUCAAAAACCCCCAAAAGUUUUAAAAGUUUAAAAGAAGUUUUGGAAAAGCUUCAAAAAUCACCAAAGUCUUCAAAAACCUCAAAAAGGCUACCACACCGCGUUCUAUGAGUUGCUCCUCGAAGUCAAGUCGCAACUGUAUUAACGGUGUUAAGAAAAAGGAAACAAACUUGCAAGACGUUUUCGUUUUUCGUCUUGCGAAGCAAGCCCAUAGGGAAAUUCGUCUUGCGAAGCAGCUCAAAAAAUGGAAAACCCUUUCGUCUAGUGAGUUUUCCGUCUUGCGAGGCAUUCGUCUUGCGGGGCACCACUGUACUUUUUUUAAGAAAACCAACACCGCCCUAUUCUGAUAAUUUUUGCUGAGGAGGAAUGUUUGGAUGUGAGUUUUCAGCUGGAGGUAACGAGUGAUUAGAAUAUGCAUAUGCAGGGCGUACACUAAAGCCUGAUUUAACAGCUUGAGAUGAUUCUUCUUCUGGAUGUUACUGUGCCAUCCCCAGAUUAGUCUUCAGUUUAUAGAGAUUCAUGUCAUCGCCAUGCUGCUGACCAGUGUUUGACCCCAUAGCUAUAUCAUCCUCUUUAUACAUGAACCUCAAUCCUUCUGUUCUUUUGAGAGGGUUACAGCAAGGUUUCAAAGAAUCACACUCGCUGGAAACAAAUAUGUAAAGUCAGAAUUGGCUAGAAUUAUUAUUCUCUUGGGGUAACUGCUUCCUAACUACUUAAUUAUUUGGGGGGGUGCAUAAGAAGGGGGAGAGGAGAGGGAGCGGAACAUUUUUUUAAAAAACCUGUUAUAAUAAUCCCAAACUGAAGACAUGAAUCUGAACUCAAAUUAAUUUCGGAUCUGGAUUUGGGCUGGGGGAAUGACCUUUGUAUUUUUAAUCUAUUUCUGGGAUUCACUCAAAUCCCGAUCUUUUCAAGAUUACAAUUUAUAUUUUCUUAUAGGCUUGAGAUUUGUAUUUUAACCAAUUAAACUGCAUUGCAAUGGCAAGCCUGAAAGCUUGUAUUUUUACCAAGAACAAAGGGUUAAAGACUAAGGGUGAUAUUCAACUGAGUUUGUGGUGAGAAGGGGCUAGGUUUAUGUCUUUUUGUCACUGUUCCUAGGGCAGCGGUUGUUUAUUUUUAUUUUUAUUUUUGAGAGGGGAGGGGUUAGUUGUGCUGCAGGAUAGUAACGCUGAAUAAUUUCGGGACUCUUGCCCUGUAACGCUGCAGGCCUGCUUGGCUUGAGUUGUCUGGUUUAUUAACCUUAACAAAUCAUGUGGAGGCUGCUAUGAAUUAUGCAGGACAGCCUGACCCAUUUGCUGGCAAAUCUGUUUGCAGGGCAAGGCAGGUCACGUGCGGUCUGUGGGAUUGCAUUGGCAAAUAAAAGCUUUCUAGCCUCAGAGGUGCUCAGUGCACCCUUUGCCUUAACAGUACAUCUAUUGUUCAGCCAUUAGGAAGUAAUUGUUUCGGGGGGGGGGGAGCGAGGGGAAUGUUGGAAAUAUGCCAUGCCAGAAUUCUGUAAAGCCUUCCAGGUGUGAUCUGGUCAGGUGUCAUGUCUGCCAUCAAGCAUUGGCUCAAAAUGCCUGGUUUUGGUGUCAGUGUAGCUGCUUAGAACAAGAAAAAUUGCUCUGGAGAGAGGGCGGGUGACGGAGGGAACUAGUAUGGGAUUCUUCUGCUUGCUAUUCAUUUAUAGGUACAUUGUAUACAUUUUGGCAAAGGGCAGUAUCCUGACAAAUCGGAUCAGGCUCAUGUAUGCCAGCAAGAGAGAAAGCGCUGCCAAUACAUCUCACGCAAAGCCUAAGUAUUCUGUCAUUUAUGCAUAACAUAGCCUGCAAAUUUUAAGUCAGUGCAGUCACAAGUACUGUCAGAGAUAGUUUAGGGAGAUGGAGGGGCCUGGAAAGAGUGUACCAGACCAUCUGUCUCCUAGGGUCUCCACGUGUGUAAGGGGGCAGGGAGGAAUUACUGCAGCUCUGUGCAUUCAUUGUAAAACAAAACGUGUAUGUGUAUGUCUGUCUCCAUCUCCCCCAGCACCCUCUGUGCAACAGUGGCGGAAGAUCACCCUGUGCUAACUACAAUGAAAGGCGGCGUUAUUUCUUUAUGGAUUCUUUGAAUAAAAUGGAUGUGUCUUGAGUUCUUUGGCCUCUAAUUAUUGCACUAAUAAGUGGAACGGGAUGGCUCAGGAGACUGACUGUUCUUUCGAGCCAGAUCCGUUUGCCUUUAGUCAGCUGGGACCAAAAGCAAUUACUCGUUGAUGGAUGGCUAGUGGCCCAUGUGUGCACAUUCAAUGGCUUCGGGGAAGUUGCUUGCAGACAGAUGUCCGCACUGCAACAAACUCUGGGGAUUAAAUUCAGCCGCAGUCUGACCGUCUGGGGCUGGCUGUAUUUGGGUCUGGAGCAUUGCCAGAAAAGCACAGCAAGCCCAAGUGACCUAAUGAUAUGGCCUCUUCUUUUCCAAUGCAUUGUACUGUACAAUCAGAAAACCUGGGAAUCCCAUUUCCCACACCCCACCCCUUCAAUACUUUGUAUAUAAAACAUUAAUAAAGUUGAACCAGAAAGUAAUGUUACAUUAUAAUAUAUUUGUGCCAAGAGCAUUGGAAAUAGGUUCCUUGUAUACAUCCUGCCUCUUGAAGCUCCAAGUAGGACUAGAUAGGACAUUUGAGAUACACUCCGUACGAGAAAUUCAGAGAACACUUGUUUCUGUUCUCUAUUCUUUUGUCUCUACCUCCAAUUUAUUUUCUACCAUGCUGCCUUCCAUUCUUUCUUCUCAUUCCCUCUGUCUCUUCUCAUGGUUGGCAUUUUCUCCGUAAUCCUACAUCAUGUUUCUGUUUCAAACUGGUUCCAACCUGAAGUUGUGUAGGCAGUUGGUCUGUAUAGUGAAGUACAGUGGUACCUUGAGUUACAAACACUUCGGGUUACAGACUCUGCUAACCCGGAAGUAGUACCUCGGGUUAAGAAAUUAGCCCCAGGAUGAGAACAGAAAUUGUGCAGUGGUGUCGCGGCAGCAGCGGGAGGCCCUAUUAGCUAAAGUGGUGCCUCAGGUUAAGAACAGUUUCAGGUUAAGAACGGACCUCCAGAAUGAAUUAAGUUCUUAACCAGCGGUACCACUGUACAGGUACAUUUCCCAGGUGUGUUCUUCAUUAGCUUGCCAUAAGGAGCUUCAGAAUGGCAGUGAUGGAUCAAGGGUAGGUAUAUGGCCUCACAUUCUAUGAAGCUCAUGCUGUGGUGAUGCCAUUUUAUGAACUGUGCUGCACAUGCACUGUGUAACCACUUAGAGUUUUUGUGGUUUGUUUGUUUUUUACAAUCAAGUGGCAUAUAAAUAUAAUGAAAUUGUUGUUGUUGUUGUUGAGUCAUUUAGUCUUGUCUGACUCUUUGUGACCCCAUGGACCAGAGCACGCCAGGCACUCCUGUCUUCCACCGCCUCCCGCAGUUUGGUCAGGCUCAUGUUUGUAGCUUCGAGAACACUGUCCAACCAUCUCGUCCUCUGUCGUCCCCUUCUUCUUGUGCCCUCAAUCUUUCCCAACAUCAGGGUCUUUUCCAGGGAGUCUUCUCUUCUCAUGAGGUGGCCAAAGUAUUGGAACCUCAGCUUCAGGAUCUGUCCUUCCAGUGAGCACUCAGGGCUGAUUUCCUUAAGAAUGGAGAGGUUUGAUCUUCUUGCAGUCCAUGGGAUUCUCAAGAGUCUCCUCCAGCACCAUAAUUCAAAAGCAUCAAUUCUUCGGCGAUCAGCCUUCUUUAUGGUCCAGCUCUUACUUCCAUACAUCACUACUGGGAAAACCAUAGCUUUUACUAUACGGACCUAUGUUGGCAAGGUGAUGUCUCUGCUUUUUAAGAUGCUGUAUCUUUUUAAGAUACAAUGAAAUACAAAUAAAUAAAGAAUGCAGACAUGGCGAGGCUAGCCUUUUGCCCUUUAUUUAGUGCUCUCAGCCAUUUUAGAGAACUUUUAAAAUUAUUCUGGAUUUUUUUUGGGGGGUGAGGAACGAGCAGCUUAGAGGGAAACGUUCAGAAAAUGUUGAGCGCAGAAAGUCCUUCUGUAUAAUUGCAACGUCGUGUCUGCUUUAUGUCAGAGGCGUUGUUGCCUGACUGCAUGAAUAAAAGGUAAGUCAGCUUCAGACUUAAAAGGUGUGGCUGCUGUUUGCCUCCUGGUGACAUUAGUUAAAGAGACGCAUGAUGUGAACAUCGGCGCAGUCAGCACUUCUCUGCCCUAAGAUGGGGAAAUUCUGACGUAUUGUGCAUCAGCUUUACCUGAUGUAAUCAGGAGUGGCAGGAAAGGGAUGUGAUUUGGCUGUGGUUACACCUUUCAGGUAACAUCCAGUUUGGCCCACAUAUAUAUAUAUAUAGUGUAUUAUUUAUUUGGAAGAUUUAUAUCCCAUCCUUUAGUCCAGAUGUUCCUCAAAGUGCUUUUCACUGUAUCUAUAAUAAUACACCCCCCCAAACCCAUAUAGCUCAACAGCCCUUCUUUUCCUGGUCAACAGAUGGGGUCAGAGUGUGCCUCUCUUCAACUCUACAGUGCAAGGGGAGCUUGUAACUAAAGCUGAGUGUUCUUUUGACAUGGGGGAGAAGGCUGCAAACGUUCUGCUGCAGGUCUUUUCUUCCUGGCUGAUGGAUAGGGAAAGGGUAGUCUUCCCUUGCUGCAAUGUUCUUCCUGGGAGGCAGGGGGUGCAACUACUGGAAAACCUUGUUCCCCUGGCUUAGCCCAGAAUGUGCUUUCCUUCUGUUCUGCAGAUCCACAGCAAUUUAUUUAUGCCUUAAGAACUAUUCCCUCCCAUGCCUUAGUUAUUCAAAUAUCAUUAUGAUCUACAUUCACAGUGUCAGCUCCGUCAGCGUGUAUAAUGAACUCCUGUCUAUCUGAAUAUUCAUUAUAUGCCUCCAUUGCUAAUUGCAUUUAUUUAAUAGAUAUCAGAGACAGCUCCCACUUUUUUGCAAGGUGGGCAUUCUCCUUUAAUUUUUGAAAUCCACUUCUCUUCUUGUUUAAUGCCCUGGAUCUUUUUUAAUGAAUAUAUUGAUGGGGGAAGCAACGAAGGGGAUUGAAACAGAUUCAAAAUGCCAGCAAUGAUAUUACCAGAUCAAGAGAGAGGCUGUGUCAUCUUCUUAGUGUGUUACUCUGAGUUUAAUCUGUGAAUUAUUUUUCCCUCCUGACAUGCAGCAUAAUGGAGAAGAUAAAUUUGCAUAUUGCUAGCUCCACCUGACUACUAGUCCUGUCAAGAAACACAUCAAUAAUGAUGCACAAGGUCACAGCAGGAUGCAUAAAGUAUUCCUAAUUAGGCCAUAAUUGCUGUGCUGGAAAACUUAUUAAAAUAAUAUAGUAGGAGGUAUGCAAAUUGCUUAUUCCCCCCAAACCCCUCCCUACUAAACACCAGCCACUAAAAUGUUCUUUAAUUGCUAUACUGUUUUUUAACAUGUUGCAUAUACACAGUAUUUAAGUUUGUGUUGGCCUCCCUAUGGUUCUGGCAGAUGAAUAACCAGCGGUUCCAAAUUGGCAACUUAUUUUGUUUGCAAAGUUAAUUUUGCUCUCUUGAAAAUACACCUUAGCAUUUAAAAUAUUUCAUCCUAAGGCUCCACUGGUAUGGUUAAAAUUACAAUGGCAGCAGAACUGCUUGCUCAGCAGGUGUAAGAGAAUCACAGGCAGCUUUUGAACAGAGAGAUCAAAACUGGGCAUCAGCACUUACCCCCUCAUGGUGUGAAAAUGCAGCUGUGGUAGCAGCACCCCAAAACUAUCACUGUUUUGUAUAGAUGGUAGAAUCAAGUGUCCCCCAUCACCACAAUUGUACUAGGCUUAUACUAGGCUACAGUUCAUAAUAUUCUUCUCUGGUCAGAUCAGUGUGUGUGUAUGUAUAGGGAACUAGAGGAUGAGCCGCACCGUUGGCUGCCUGGCCAUUUUAUCACCUGCCUCAGUGGUAGAACUGAUGGGCACACAGUUCACUGUUGACAUGCAGAAGAUCGAAACAGGGCAUAAUGUGUGUAUGACUAGAGCCUUUUUCAAGCAUUAAUUUUCACGCUGAGGCCAAGCAAGGUGAAAGGGGCUAUGGGCUGUGUAUGGGCAUGGUGUCUCCCUUAGCAAUCAGCCCUUUAAAAUCAAGGGAGAAGUCACAACCCGCAGGGAAGGCUGCAGAAGUUAAUGCUUAACAUAGUAAUAGUGGCAGUGGGGGCAGGAGCAAGGCAGUGCUACUUUGGGGGUGAAGCCAAAUACAUGACCCCACAGCCAUUUUCACCCUGCUUGUCUUCUACAUGCGCGUAAUGUGUAAAGAGGCCUUAGGGGAGGCAGACUUUUGGUAUGCAGUGAUUUCUGGAAGACCCCUGCAGAGUACAAACAGCAUAAUGGAAAGUGAUUAGAGGGCUUCUGUUCUAGUAAGCAGCGCAUAACUUUUGUAAAAUAAAAUAAUAAAAGAAAGAAUUGAUGGUUAACUUCGUUCUAGCUAUAAAAAAACCUGAGCAUGUGGGAAGGCAUUUGGUCUGAACGAAAGAUAUGCAUCUGUGGCCAUUGGCCUUGUGAAGCUUUUGAUAUGCAAGCUCACAAGUUAGGAGUUUCAGAGCAAUGGGAAUGUUUUGUUUACACCUGCCCUGUGUGCGGCAGCGCAGACCUUUUAAAAAAUGACAUAAAUCUACAUGUGCAACUUGUUGUGUGCUCUUGCAUGUGCAAUUUAACAGAAUCAUAUUAUUGUGAUGAACAGUUACCUUUGUGGCACAGGAAACAAGAGGUGUCAAAAUCCAUAAUAGCUUCAUGGGGAAAAUAUCGACUGUGUAACCUGAGAUCAAUCUUGCACUUUAUUCAAACGUUCAGAAAUGUCAAUAAAAAUUUAACGGUUGGGGUUUUUUGUUUUGUUUUUGCCUUGUUUCUUUAAUUGCAAGGAGAAAUGUUGAGGUGGCUGUACAGCAAAUGUAUUUGAAAGGAAGAAUGCCUUGCUGAAAGGUCUGAGAGUGUAAACUGCCAUGGCAACAAUUCUUUACAAGUUCAAAUGGGUCGAUAGGAAUGAGAAAAGAAAGUCCUUAUGAUAAGCAUCUGAUUUAUGAGCUUAAAAGGAAAGGCAAAGGUUCAGCCAGCAUGAUAUCUUAAGAACUGAGACCCCAGGUGCCACUGUGGGAGGCAGAAAUCCUUUAUAUUGUAUAUUUAUAACAAAACCAGACCUUUUCAUAAAAUGCGUUGGAUUUGGAAGCAGUCUCUCCCUCCUCCCCCAAAUAUAGCUAGCAUUUCACGAAUUUGAAGAGGCCCAACACCCAGGAAAAGGCAUGCUGUAAAGACCUUAAAAAUAAAAACAGCCAGUUGUGUAAUAACAAAUGCAAAUUGUGUGUGAGUGUGUGUCUAAUAGUGAGUUUUAACUCAUAUACCUCAAUAAUAGGAAGAUGCAUAGUAUUUGCAUGUGUGCAUCCAUACACUUAAGUGUGUGUGUGUGUUGUAAGGUAAAGGUAAAGGGACCCCUGACCAUUAGGUCCAGUCGUGACUGACUCUGGGGUUCAAAAGCACGUCAAAGUGCAAGUAGAUAAAUAGGUUCCGCUCCGGCGGGAAGGGAAAGGCCUUUCCGUGCGCUGCUCUGGUUCGCCAGAAGCAGCUUAGUCAUGCUGGCCACAUGACCCAGAAGCUGUACACCGGCUCCCUCGGCCAGUAAAGCAAGAUGAGCCCUGCAACCCCAGAGUUGGUCACGACUGGACCUAAUGGUCAGGGGUCCCUUUACCUUUUACUUACCGUAUAUAUCAAGGACUUGUUCAAGAAGUACUUUAGCUUCCUCAACAAAAGCUGAAAAUUUGCAGGCUUCAUCCACUUUGGGAAUGUUCCUGUGCCUGGAAAUUUUAUUUGCUUCUGAUGAAAGGAGGAAAAGUUACACAGAUUUUAGAUUACCCAUAAAGGGCGAAUAGGAAACAUAGCUUUAUGCAGAGUGACCUGGAACACAAAUUGAAGAUUGAAGCAGACAGAGUACAUAAUGACUCAGAAACAGGUAAAAGAAGUCUCGAUACAGAUAACAAUUUACAAUGUGAUUGAUUUUGAUAUUAGAAAUUGAUUUGCGUGUUAAGGGGGGAUUAUAAGUUUUUGUAAACUUUGCUACACUUUUUUGUAGAUUCUUAUUUCAGUUAUAUUGGUUUGCUAACACCCUAACAUAUAUAGAGAUCUCAGUCAUUCUAAGCUGCUGUGUGCAGUUGAAACUCAUUUUACAGUAACAUGCACAGAUGGCAUGUUACUUUCUGUCUGAAAUGUGACGCUUUUUAAUUUCCCUAAGGACUGAUGUGUGAACCUGGCCAGAAUUUCCUCAAUGAGUAUUUGUCUCUGGUUUCUCUAAUUUGCUUAUCUGAAAUCAGAUUCAAUCUGAUAGGAGCAAUGAGUGGGUGGCUUGCAUACAAGAUGGCACAGACAUGUUCAGUCAUAUGCUUUAGUCCUGUUUGUUCAAUAAUUACCGUAUCAGCGAAUGCUUCCUAUCUAAUAUACUGAAGUAAUUAAAUUCUGAGGCCUACUUCUUGCAUGUAGGAAAUAAAUUUCCUCCUGUGAUGACAGAUAGGGUCUGAACGGCUAGGACAUAAAUGGCCAUGGAAAACUUGAUAGAUCAUUAAACAGGGAGCCGUGUUUGGAGGAGGAGGAGAGAUCCUGGGUUGCCCUUGACCAGGUUGAAAAUGCAGCAUUCGUACCAGCAAUCUUUAUAUGAAAUGAAAGAAAGAACUGGCAUGUUGAACAUACCAAUUCACUCCAAAGACUCAAAUCUAUCUUGGAAGCCAGUAGUUGCAAAGACAUAUUGUAGUUCAAAGACAGCAUUCAUUUCAGCUCUUACACAUCAGUCCAUCUGUCAGGUGGAUCGCGACGAGAAUAUGGCUCCUUAAAAUGGUAGGACAAUUUGCCUUUAUAAAUACAGUGGUACCUUGGGUUACAGACGCUUCAGGUUACAUACGCUUCAGGUUACAGACUCCACUAACCCAGAAAUAUUACCUCAGGUUAAGAACUUUGCUUCAGGAUGAGAACAGAAAUCAUGCAGCAGAGGCGCGGCAGCAACGGGAGGCCCCAUUAGCUAAAGUGGUGCUUCAGGUUAAGAACAGUUUAAGGUUAAGAACGGACCUCUGGAACGAAUUAAGUACGUAACCAGAGGUACCACUGUAUAUUAAAAUUAUUUGAGCUCUCUGGAGAACUAAUUGCAGGUGUCUGAUAACACACAAAGAGGUAAAUUGAAACACAUCUUGGAGCAGAUUCCAACUUGGUCAUGGGGAGAAAAAUAGCUUGUUAGCAAUGAAGUUGUAAAAGAAAAAAAAAUAUCCCAACAAAUUUACAGUAGUACAUGUGAACAGUAUGUAUAGAUUUGGUUUAACAAUAAGAGUUCCUAAUCAUUAUACAUCUAUAGCAAAAAUAAUUGCUGUUGGUAAUGGGGCAGGACUCUUUGAGCAAGUAGAAUUGUAAGAACUGUUUUGCAUAUUAAUCAUAGGAUUCUUUGAUCACCAACUAUGUGCUUUAUGCGUGGCCAGUAUACUUCAAUGUGUACUUUAGGUUUCUGGUGGCAUGGUGGCCACCCAUGUAUCACAGCCCAAUGUUUUUCAUGUUAGCCUUUUGAUUGGUGUUCUUCAGAACAAUUGAGCCAAUUUAUUUGAAGUUUAUUAAGGUAAUCUAGGGAAGCUUCUAGUUCAAAAUACUGUAUUUUUCGCUCUAUAAGAUGCACCAGACCACAAGAUGCACCUAGUUUUUGGAGGAGGAAAACAAGAAAAAAAAAUUCUGAAUCUCAUAAGCCAGAACAGCAAGAGAGAUCGCUGCGCAGCGAAAGCAGCGAUCCCUCUUGCCGUUCAGGCUUCUGGGAUAGCUGCGCAGCCUGCAUUCGCUCCAUAAGACGCAUACACAUUUCCCCUUACUUUUUAGGAGGGAAAAAGUGAGUCUUAUAGAGCAAAAAAUACGGUAAGUGCUGGGCUGCCUGAAAUAGAGGGAAAUGAUGGACGAGAGAGCCCGAGGAAAUUACCUCAGAAAGCAGCAUUGUGGCUUGUUCUGAAAUGACACCAACUCCUAUAUUUUAAUGUUAUUGAAGGAAAUAGGGCUGUUCAGACCAGGAUAUAUAUGCCUGUAGAUUCUGCAUAUAUCCUUAUGCAGAAAUCUCCACUCAAUUUAUGGUUUUGGUACAUGACCCUUAGAGCAUUUCUGUGCCACAUCCUCAGAUCUGUAAAAUGGAAAUUAUAGUGAUCCAACUGACAGGGAUGUUGUGAUGAUUUCACAAGUGUUCAUACUUGAUUGUUUUAAACAAUUACGUACUUGACUUACAAGGUUGCCAUUUUGAAAAAUGGGAGUUCUCUUUAGCACAAAUACAAAUCCUCACCUCACAACAAGGAGAUAAUCAUGUUAGAAAAGGAAAAGAGCACAAUGUUAUAUCCAACCAGGUUGUCCCAUUACUGCAAGGAUUCCUACCUGUGCAAGAAGACCUCUUCUUUUCUCUCUGCAUGCUUCCCCAAUCUGUUUUGGGGUUCACCAACCAUCUGGAGAAGAGUUGGGGCAUGCAGGGGUGCAUGAGGAGGGGAGUGGAAAGGAAAAGGGACGGCUUCACUGGUUACAACUCAAAUACCCCAUAAUGUGUGAAAUACAGCAAGUAUUUUUGUUUCUGCCCAUUAACAGAUUUGGGGAGACUGAUGUACCCUUCAGCUUCUUAACCAGGGUAUACUCAAUGCACAAUAAACAUUCAUGUUGCUAAAAUUAUUCAUUAAAGAUCUUUCUGAUUUCCCCCCAGGCUUUUGGUCAGGCUCACACUAACCACAAGAAAGUAGCAGCAGAUGGAGAGAGCAGGGAAGAAACCUUGAUUCAAGAGUCCGCCACAAAGGAAGAGUACUACAUGAAGAAAGUCAUGGAACUGCAGACAGAGCUAAAGCAGCUGAGGAAUGUCCUUGCCAACACCCAGUCUGAAAAUGAACGCUUGAAUUCUGUUGCUCAGGAACUGAGAGAGGUGAGAGUUAUUGGCCAAUAAUGCCUGAAGUUCAAAAGCUCUGAGGCUGUCUUGUUAUAUUCCCUUGGAAAGCCAUGCCUAUUUAUGUUUCUGAUAGACUCUUCUUAAAUUAGGCAUACUGGGGACUUUCAAAGGCAUUUCUCUAUCUUCCAUUCAGUUCAGCAGGGCCCACGAAGUUGCUCCUCAAACUAUAUCUGUCCAUAUACAUAAAAACGUAAGGCUGUUGACACACUGCAGUUUGCAACUGCAGUAUGAGGUACAGCAGGCAAGUGGCCAAGCCAGAAGCACAGUUGGCAGGUGGCCCAAGUGAACUGUUUAAGUUGCUCUGUGAAGUGCCUCCUUUCUUUUUUAAAAGGGGUUGGGGCAAGAGGGGAUCUGCAAUGGGGUGGGUGUGCUGUGAAAAGAGGGGAUUUGGUCAGAUGUGACGGAAGGGCAGAUAGCAAAGGGGUAGGUCUGGUUGGAGAGCAGAGCAAGUAGGGGCGGCAGCCCCUAGUUAAAAUCUAAAUGUUAAAACCAUGUCACAUUAAAACAAAUAGUUUUAAGGUUUCCUAAAACCUGCAUACAAGUAGCAGUAAGCUAAAAGUAGUAAUUAGAUGACCAUCUUGCAUGCCUGGAGGAGCAACAACAAAACUUAAUUUAUCUUUAAUAUGAAAGGAUGUUGGAUUAUUGGGGGUUUUUUGUUCUGUUUUAUUUAUGAGCUUCAUAUGUUGUUUUUGAGGUUAGCCUGCUGUGAACCCCUCUAGAGAACAUAGUUGGCUAGGCAGUAUCCUAGAGGUGGGAGCUGUGAGCUACAGCACCUUUGUUCUUUUUUAUUAUUAACUUAUAUAUUAAUUGAUAAUUAAUUUAUAUUGAUUUUUCAGUUACUUAUUCAUAUACAUAUUCCAUUAUUUUCCAUAUAUAUAAUAUAAGUCAAAAUACAUACAAUAAUCCCAUAUCUUCCCCAGUGACUUCCCACCACCUCAUUACAGCUUCUUUUAUUCUCUCUCUCUCUCAUCCACUGUGUUGUUAUUCCUGUUUCUUCUUUAUUACAUCAUGUAUCUUAUCUAACUAUUAUUUUAUUUUUCAAAUUUUAAUUUAAACAUAUCAAGGAUUUUAUUUGAGGACAGCAUUUCUUUAGAUAUUCCUUUACACCUUCCCACUCUUUUUGUUUUUGGUGAUUCCUAAUUGCCACUUUGUUCUUGUGUCCUCUCUGAACGUUAUGCUGUUCGCCAUAUUGAGGAAGCAUUAGCCACAUUAAAUAGGAAGAAGCUCUUUUGAUAGGGCUAUGGAUUACAUGUUGUAUCAAACUCUAAAGUUUUGUUAAGUAAAUGUUUAUUUGCAGAUAUCUGGCUCUGAUUCUCUCUCUGUGUGUAUAUAGAUAUAGAUUGCUAAAACUAUGACUACAAAUAGAUUUUACUUCUUUAACAUGUUUUACAAACAUAAAUUAUGUUUGGUCGAUUUUUCAUUUCUCUUAUGCCCCUCCCCGUCUUAUUUUCUUCUGGUGAAAUGAGGCAUUAAAUGUAGAAACGGGAACAUGUUGGUUCCCCCCCUCCACAAAAAGCUGUGUAUCAUCUGUAAAGUUGACUGCUUCAGUUUCCAUCUCUUGGAAACAGUGUGAAACAAAAGUAUCAGGUUAUUUCAAACUUUGUAUAUAUCUGCUUGAAGUUACAGAUUUCAUAAGCUUCAUCCUCCUCCUGCAACAUAUUGAGCGGUUUAAUCUUGGUUGUUUUAGUUGAGAGAAACCGAGAAGCACCUUAGCAGGGAAUGCAAGUUUUAUUUGAAGCUUUUUCUUUGUAUGAGAUUGUGCGGCAAAAAGUGCUGAAAAUAAGUGGGGCUGAUCUUUAGGGAGCUGUUGACACUGCGUGAAGCUGUCUUCAUCAGCACUGCAUAUGAGGACAGGCUGCAGAUGAGAUAUCUGUGUAAUGCAGAACAGAAGUCUCUCCAUGGCAGGAAUGAGUAAGAUCCGAUAGAGUAGUUUCUGAUUCACUGGCUGGAAUACCCCAGAAGUGUGGAGGGGGAAAUGAAGGAAGAUUGGGGAAGGGAGCUCUGCUCUCGGUGGUAAUCUUUGCAUACAGAAAAGUCCUAGGUUCAGUCCCUGGCAUUCUGAGGUAGGGUUGGAGAUGACUCUUGCUACCAGUCAGUAUAGAUGUGUUGCCCCAGUCUUGGACACAUAUGUAUGCAAAUAUGUAGUGCCCCCCCACCCAUUUUUUAAAACAAAAAAUAAUAAUGUAUAAGUCUAGGCUGUGCCUCAUUUCUUUGAUAACGCUAUGGCGAAAACCUCCCAUUCCUUCAGAAGAUAAUGUUCAAGCAAAUGUGAUACACCUAGGAUACGAUUGGAGGCAGACAGAAUGGCUCAGUAAUAAUAGUAGUAGUAAUUAUAAUAAUAAUAAUUUAUUAUUUAUACCCCGCCCAUCUGGCUGGGUUUCCCCAGCCACUCUGGGCGGCUUCCAAAAGAAUAUUAAAAUACUGUGAUACAUCAAAUAUUAAAAGCUUCCCUGAACAGGGCUGCCUUCAGAUGUCUUCUAAAAGUCUGGUAGUUGUUGUUCUCUUUGACAUCUGGUGGGAGGGCGUUCCACAGGGAGGGCGCCCCUACCAAGAAGGCCCUCUGCCUGGUUCCCUGUAACUUGGCUUCUCGCAGUGAGGGAACCGCUGGAAGGCCCUCAGUGCUGGACCUCAGUGUCCGGUAGAACGAUGGGGGUGGAGACGCUCCUUUAGGUAUACUGGACCGAGGCCGUUUAGGGCUUUAAAGGUCAGCACCAACACUUUGAAUUGUGCUUGGAAACGUACUGGGAGCCAAUGUAGGUCUUUCAAGACCGGUGUUAUAUGGUCUCGGCGGCCGCUCCCAGUCACCAGUCUGGCUGCUGCGUUCUGGAUUAGUUGUAGUUUCCGGGUCACCUUCAAAGGUAGCCCCACGUAGAGCACAUUGCAGUAGUCCAAGCGGGAGAUAACCAGAGCAUGCACCACUCUGGUGAGGCAGUCUGCAGGCAGAUAGGGUCUCAGCCUGCGUACCAGAUGGAGCUGGUACACAUCUGCCCUGGAGACGGAUUUAACCUGUGCCUCCAUGGACAGCUGUCCAAAAUGACUCCCAGUCUGCGCACCUGGUCCUUCAGGGGCACAGUUACCCCAUUCAGGACCAGGGAAUCCUCCACACCUGCCCGCCUCCUGUCCCCCAGAAACAGUACUUCUGUCUUGUCAGGAUUCAGUCUCAAUCUGUUAGCCACCAUCUAUCCUCCAACCGCCUCCAGACACUCACACAGGACUGUCACCGCCUUCACUGGUUCUGAUUUGAAAGAGAGGUAGAGCUGGGUAUCAUCCACAUACUGAUGAACACCCAGCCCAAACCCCCUGAUGAUCUCUCCCAGCGGCUGCAUGUAGAUGUUGAAAAGCAUGGGGGAGAGGACAGAACCUUGAGGCACCCCACAAGUGAGAGCCCAGGGGUCUGAACACUCAUCCCCCACCAGCACUUUCUGAACACGGCCCAGGAGGAAGGAGCGGAACCACUGUAUGACAGUACCCCCAGCUCCCAGCCCCUCAAGAUGGUCCAGCCCCUCAGAAUGGGUCAUCCGCCACCGGCUCUCUAGCUGUCUCAACGAUUGUUUCAUUGCCCUCAGAUCCGUGGAAAACCACGGGGCUGUUAUUAUUAUUUUUUUUGUACCCCACUCAUCUGACUUGGUUGCCCCAGCCACUCUGGGCUUCUUUCAUUUUGCCUUAAUUGUUCCCUGCUGCCUCAUGAUUCUGUACUGCAAUAGUAUUUGCUUUUGCCUUUUUGUCAAAUUCUAACAGGAAAAGCCACUUUUCCUGCUUUGUGGAGCCUUUUUGUGAAAAAGUUAAAGAGUUUAGUAAGCAGAUGGUGGGGAAAUCAACCUGUUUGCUGUAGCACUGAAGUGCAGUCUUUCAGGAAGAAGCUUGAUGGUCCAUUUUGCAGAGUAAGGAGACUAAGGCCCCGAUCCUUAACCGCGGGAGGGGGUUAGGGUUUAGCAGCAUCGUAAUUCAUGGUAGAAGGCAUGGUAGCAUAAGCAUAACUGCUGGAAGUGUGCCUGCUUGCAGAAGUUGGCAUGGAAUCUCAAAAUGAGGUGGAGCAGGGCUGUCUAUAGAUUUGCCUGAUUCCAAGCUGAUCCAGUUGCCAGACAGGGGCCUGGGCCUCUGCUAUGCCAGCCUGGUACUGAUUUAGCAGAAAAUACCCAGAAAUCUGCUCUCCAUCACAUCCAGCACCUCCCUUGACCAAUGCAGGUGUCAAGGCUUAGGAUUUGAUGGUGGAGCCAGUGUUUGCCUAUUAUGGUCCUCUGGCCAUGGUUCCCCAGCCAGAGCUAGGACUGCUCUGUUCGGUUUCAGAGCAAUACAAGUCUGGGCAAGAGGAACCCGAGUUAAAAGGAACCACUAAACCAACAUCAAUCAGAGAGCAGCAUUUGAUCAUUGCUUCCCUUCCUUUAACAUGUCAGAACGCUUUUCUAUGACUGACAGUUGCUAAGCUGGUAACUUAGCCAUAAGAAUAGCUCUUCUGGAUCAGACCAAAGAUCUGUCUAUUUAGUUCAGUUUCACGUUGCCUACAGCAGCUAAUCAGAUUCCUUUGGAGCAGAGGAAAAAAGAGCCUUCUCCCAGUAUCCAGAGGCAGAACUCACAACUGUGCACAUCACAACUCAGCCACUGUAAACCUUAGACGUUGGGCAUGGUUGCUUCAGUGCUUUUUUGUCACAGUUGCAGGGCCCUAAAUACUAGGGCACAGUCAUUUCUGGUUGAGUUGCACAUGUUCUGUGACAUGGCAUGUGCUAAAGUUUGUGUGUGUGUGAAUGCAUUUUUAAGACAGCUGCCUUUUUUGUGUAUGCAUCUUCAAACCAUUGUAAUGAUUGAAAGAGAUUCUUUUACUCCUGCACACAGAAACAAUCUGCCUAUUUCUUAAGGCAUUAUGAUCUUUUGAGACAUACUAUCUAAAAGAAAUCACUGCAGUUUUCUUGGAAAACUGUUUAGCCAGUUUUCUAGUUUGUUCUUGUUAAGGCUUGUUGAUACAACAUGAGUGUGGUGUUGCCAUGAGCUAGCUCAGCCUCUGCCUCCUGGAGAUUCUCUUGAGACUACUAUGUACCACUAAUUUCCCCAUGUCAUCUUUUGGGAAAGGUCCAUCGUAUAGUGACAGACUCAUGGUUUGCAUUCAAAGACCCCAGUUUCAGCUCCUGAAAGGGUUGGGAAAGGACUCCUGUCUGAAGCCUUCGAGCGCCUCUGCCACUCAGUGUUAAAAAUACUGUACUAGAUUAAGGAAUGAUUCGGCUCUGUAUAAGGCAGAUUCCUAUAUUCCAAUGGGCACAUGUAACAAACACAACACAAGAUUGUUGAUCUCUGAGGUGAGCCAUGUGGUUUUGUAGGUGUGUGUGUAGACACCCCCCCCCCCAAUCUGAGCUGUUCCAUUUUUUAGAAUGGAGUGAAAAACCAAAUACUUUAUACAAUUUAUACAAGUCAAAUAAGCUCACCAGCCUCUCCUAAUCUGUGACCAAAUCAUCUUUAGAAGAAACACAGUUCAAAGACCCAAUACCUCAGUUCAUUCAGUGGUAUUGGGAAGGUACAAGCAAUUUCCAUUUCUUUUUAAAAACCAUAAAAGUGGCAAUUUUUCUGAGGCUGCCUUUGAAGAAAGUUCCUUUGGUACUUUCUGUCUGCAUUAUGGCUCAUCUUGGCUAGGCUGAGCAGCAUAAAUAAACCACAUGUUAAUCUUCAAAAUGGAGUUUUCUGAUUAUAAUGAUUUCAGUACAGCCCUCCCCCCCCCCCACUUUUCAAUCAUGGUUUACAUUAGCAAUCAGGCUUUUAUUCAAUAAAACUGUCCCGGAGCUAUAAAUUCACCUAAAGCUAUAAAAAUCCAUUUGGUUAUUUACAGAGAGCAGACCAGCCCUUUCCCUUCUCCCAGAUAAAGAACUUUAGGGGUGAGUGAAAGAAGGUAGGCAGAAUGAACGAAUGGUGCGUGUACUGGGGAAUUAAUCCAAAGCUGAGUGUUCUCCUUCCUAGUCUUUAAUUUUGUGCCACUGUAGCAUGAACGAGCUUUCUAGACUGUCUUCCUUCUUCAAGCUGGGAUUCCUAUGAUUUUUGUUUGACUGCAGCAGCCAGUUUGAACACAUUAGAAGUCUUCAGAUGUUGGUCAUCUGCCAUUAGUCUGUUCCCAUGACACGUGAAGACUAGAAGGAAGAGUUGUGCUGGUUGUGGUUUCCUUUGGUUAAGGUUUCCUUUGUAUUUUAAAUGCUCAGGAUUGGCCGUUUUGAACCCUGCAUUGCUUUGCUUUGUAGGACAAACAAACAAGCUCUUUCAAGCUGUUUCUCUGCUCCCGCUCCCCAAGUCCACUUGCUUCCUGUUGUCAUGCAGCAAUUUUAACCCAGAGUUUAUGGCACAAAUUAUCCUCCACAGUCCUGCAGCCAGUGGUCAUGUCGUCCACCUGUCUCUCCCCCCCCCCCAUGUAUGGGGAAGCAUCACUGUCCUUUGUGCUUAGCUCUUGCUGCCUUGCUCUUGCUUAGCUCUUGCUCCUCUUGCUCCCUCUCCCUACGUUUGCCCUUCAGAUGUUCAUGAGCAGUCUUCAGAUGUACAUGGGGAGAGGAUUGUGCUCUCUCAUAUAAGGUGGAGUUAAAUAUUUUCCCCUUUAAAAACUGCAAAAUUCCCAGCAGGGUUCCCCGCAUCCUGAGAGCUUACAGCUUUUAAUUUCACCUUUAAAAAAUACAAAUGGAACACAAGAAAUGUAUGGCUGGGGGAAAGAGAAUGAAGAAAUCUUGGGUCCCAGUCUAUUCAUCCAGAUUUGUCUGACUGUAUAUAGGAUUUCUCCCCCACUGGCUCUUUUAUCUCCCCCAUUCAACCAGUGUUAUUUUCAGCAAGUGUUUAUUUUUAGGUGCCAGCUCUGUCACCAUAGUAGCCAGCUAAGCUUGUUGUUAGGCCCCAUCUGCCUACAUUGGCUCUGUCUGGUGCUCUUUUCUAUAUACACAGUAGCCUAAUUGUUCCAUAUCUCCAAGUUCCCAUAAGCACCUGCCUUAACAUCAUUACUGAGGGCAGAGUAUUCCUAAAGUCAGGGGCACACUUCUAUUCCCCAAUGGGAUUUAUAGCUAAAAUGCUGAUUAGUCCUUUGUGUGUUGUUAUCCUCUCGUCUCUCAGAAACUGUUAUACUAGUGGUUUUGUGUGUGUGUGUGUGUGUGUGUGUGUGUGUGUGUUUAAGGACAGGACAAAACUUACUUUCCCAGCUAGGGGGUUUCUAAAGCUUGCACUAUGAGCCAAGCCUAAGUCAUAUGUUCUAAGCAGAAGAACUUGCCUUACAAAUACCACAUUUUUCCAUGUAUAAGACUAGGCUUUUUCCUUAAAAAAGAAUGUCAAAAAUUUGGGGGCGCUUUAUACACAGAUACAUCUCCCUCCAUUUUCUUAAAUCGGAGUCCCCCAAAAUAGGGGGGAUCUUAUACAUGGGGGCAUCUUAUAGACGGAAAAAUAUGGUAGUUCUUGUUUUAAAAGAAGCCUCUUUACAUGUAUUAAUGUGGGUAUUCUUAAGGAAGAGUCUGCAUAGUGGGAUAGUUGGUUCAUGAAUACUGGCCUAUUAAAUGAGUGAUAGGUAUGUAUGCAUUAUAAAAAAAGGAUAUUGUCCCUGCUUUGUUAAUGUUACCAGAGUGUUGUCCAAGCUGAAAAACAUGACUGAAAGGACAUGAACAAAUCUGACUCACUCCCCUGAUAAUUCAGAAUAAAAGCCCAGACUUGUUGUAAUUGCAGCACAGCAAGAUGAGGUAUAAGAUGCAAAUGAAUCAUAUGUGCAGAGUUGACAGGAUUGAUCUCACUCCCUGUUCCAAAGAUGCUAUCGAAAGAAAACGGACUCUAUUGUUUUGUUAUUGGUGUUUUUUUUUUUAAAAGAGCAAGCAAGAAUAGAAGUGAACAAGAUAAUAAAUGCUGUAGCAUGGUGCAAGAGGUAUUUGGCAGCUAACACAAAAAGAGAGGAAAAUAAUUCAGGAAGCUGUCGUGAAAGUGCACGUGCAAUGUAAGAACAAAGGAGAGGGUAGACUACCAAAUGGAAGGGUGUGGGACAGCCCUGAAGCUAAAUAUGAAAAAUUCAUUAAGCCCCAUGCACAAUUUUGGUCACAUACAGUUCCGUUAGAAUGGGGAGGAACUGACAUUUAAGAUGCUGUUAGAUUUGCAGUAAACCACUCUAUGCUUUUCGGGCUCUGUACCCCGAAUCAAGGGGUUGACCCUCAAAUAUACCUAGAAUUUUGCAGAAGUCAAUGGUUCACAGAUCUCUGCAGAAUAUCUUUUAAAUUUAACUUUGACAUGCAUUAUUGGCACCGAGGGCCUACUUAGUGACUGCUCCUAGACUGUGGAACUCACUUCCAUGGGAAGGUAGCUUUUAAAUGGUGUUAAGUAUGUUCAGUGCUGUUUUUAAUUAGUUACUUAUUUAACUGAUUGUUUAUAUUCAUUGUGUGCUUUUAGUUGUACUUAUUCUGUGAGCUGCCUUGGUUCUUGAACUGGGAGAAAGGUGAGUUAUAAAUAAAAUAAAUUCAACAUGCAUAAGCACAAUGAAUUUCACAACUCAUAUCCAACAUAAAUAUUAGAAUUUAAACCCCAUUGCUUUUCAUAAUAGGCAUUGGUGACUUGUGCUGACAGGAUUCAUACAAAGCAGAAACUUGUUGGCAUCUGUUGGUCUCGAUAGACAAUGGAGUGCACCUCCGGGGGUGAAGUCAACUGCUGCAUUAGCAGCACUGAAGUGACCUCCCUGGAGUGCAAGCCCUGGCUGUGUGUAUUAUGGCCCUGGGCUGCCCAGACAACAAGACCCUCCUCUUGGCCUUUCUGAUGUGAUCCAAAGGAAAGCAGAGCAAAACAUCUGGCAACCAGCUUGGCUACAGGAUUUGCUAGAAGGAGGAGUACAAGGCACCAUCCAACCAUCUUAGGGACUCUACUCUGGAUUUGCAGAAACAGGAGCAUAGUUAUUCGGAGUGUGCACCGAGCACAGUGUUCAGUUCAGUUUGGCUCUUCAAAAUACAACCUGCCUCUUUGUCCCAGGAUUUGUCCAUAUCUAGCGAAAACCCCUACUAAUUGUGCUGCUUAAAUACCUACGUAAUAUAAAGCUUAGAUGAGUCACAUUUUCAACAUAAGCAAUUGCAAGCUUUACUCAAGUAUGUUAGGGCAUGUACAGUUGAAGCACCCAUUAUUACAUAAUCAGUGUGAACAGGAUCCAGUAUCUUGCUCUUCUUUCCCAUGUCUGUCACCUUGCCUUCACUCAGCCUUCCCUAAAUGGGUUCCUUCCAGGUUUUUUUGGACUACAAAUUCCAUCAUCCCCAGCAAGCCUGAUCAGUGGUCAAGGAUGAUGAGAGCUGUAAUCCAGCAACAUCUGAAGGGUCCCAUGUUGGAGAAGUGAACAUAGGUGGAAAGGUUACGUAGGUGGAAAGGUUAACCACAGCUGAGCAACCAGGGUUUCAGUUUAACUAGGUUUUGAAAUCAGGGUUACCAGGUGAUUUUGAAGUGUAGCUAAAUUGGAACCCUGCUUUGCCUAAACAGAUCCUACAUCUUGUUUCAUGCGACGAAGGGGUUUAUAAUAGGUUAAGUACAUCCCUUGAAAACUACUUGUCCUGUGAAUUGGCUCUUAGUGAACAUGAAAAAGAAGUAGGUGGGAAUGAGAUUAUGCAAGGCAGAUAUAUUGCAUGUCUGGAAUGUGUUUGUGAUGUGGCAGGAGAUGAUAGUACUUCAUUAAAUGCCCACUAAAAUAAAUAAAGUCAUCUGAAAGGGCACUCAGGCUUUAGCAACAGCAGCCGAGCUAAAUGUGGGGUGGGGGUGGUAGCAAAAUGAGAAAAUUGGUCAGGGAGAAGAAAGACAGGGAUCAUGUAACACUAUUGUGUGUGCGAAGAGGUGCAUUCCCAGGAAGCAAAAUGGACCUAAAUCCACCCUACUGGAUGGGUCCGGUAGUGCAGCAGGCAGAUAGUUGUGUAUGUGACAUUCUAUGAAGUACAGCUCAACAUAGUACAGAUAGCCUCAACAUCUCUGUUAAAUUUCUACCUGCAUAUCUGGUGGGGAAUGUUUAUUGGGUGCUCGGGAUUUCUUAGGUCACAAAGGGAAGGCCUUCUCUCCCUGCUGCCAAAAUUGCUCAGUGAUUUAGCUCUCUUGUUGCCUUGACUUGACACUUUGUCACUGGGGCUAAGAAGCUUCAUCAGCUAGAGCUCCCCACCCUCCUUGUUUGUGGAGUGGGGCUCUCUCACUAGGUGAUUAGAUUUUCUAAAUUAUAAUCCUGUAAUGCAGUUAUUCCAUGAAAUUGCCUUUCGAUUUAAAUCCUUUGUGGUUGUUUUACACAUUAUGGUAUCAUGUUACACUCUGUUAUUACCCUCUUAAUAAACAGGCAUUCAUAUUUUAUUUGAGAAAUUUAUUCGCCCGUCCCUCAAAUGGCAGACAGGCUGGGGGACCAACUGCAGGUAACAACUGAUUAAACACACAUUCAAAUGAUGUGCAAUUGCACACACAUGCAUGAUGCUGGACCCGGAAAUAACUUGAAAACGUUACUAAGCACACCACUAAAAGGACAGAACGGGGGGGGGGGGGGGCAUAACCGGGCAGGGCACUCUUAUAUGCGUUCUGCCAACCUGCGGGGAAGGGGCCAGGAAUGAAACCCCAAUGGUUGCCAAUGGUAUUUAGUGCAGUGGGAGAUACGAAUUGCUUUAUCAUUGCUAUUGUUUUGUUAUUGGUAUUGUUAUAAUUUUGCCAAUAAAUAUUUGUUUAAAAAAUGCAUUCUUUGGCUGUGCCUCUUUGACAAAACUGAUGGCAUGCCAUACCUUCCCUCCUUCCUUAAAAAAAGGUUUAGUGCACAAUCUUCAAAGCAUUUAGAUCAUAGAUAUAUUGCACAGCAAAGUUAUAGGUGCAUUUCAACUAAAUUUGCCUGGCAGCACUGGUACAGUGUUCAAAUAUUGUCUAGAAGGCAGCCCCCUCCCCUCCCUUGCUGCCCUCUACUGCCAAUGUAUGCUUAUCAAAGCUAUUCAUAAAACACAGAUUAGAUAGAAGCUUUGUGUCCCCAAGGAACUCACCAUAUCAAAUUGGGUCUGCGGGACUUGUCGCCCUUACCCUGCAUAGUGACCAAAUUAGGAAGAUCAGCAUAUGGUCUCUUCUUUGUUUCCCCCCCUCAAAUGCUUUGACUUUAAGGCACCACGAAGAACUGCAGGAUAAAUAGGCAGAGCCCCUGCAUUUUCUUUUGUUCGUUGCAGGAAAAUUCAGAUGUAGAGAAUGGUGGGACUCCAGCCCCACUGCUGGGUGCUCCCUCAGCAUACUGUGGGCUGUAGCAGAUGGCAGCUGUUGGGUUUCUCACCUUUUAUCUUUAUCAAAGCUGAUUUUAAACUGACAGUUUUUCUUUUCUUUUGCUCCCCCUCUACAAUAAUUAUAAGAAUUUUCUAUUUCACUCAAUGAGAAUCUAUCAUUUAUCAUUUGUAGCCCUUUUGAGAGCCCAUAAUGGGGAAAAAGCAUUCCAAAGAUGAUGAAUUGUCAUGGAAAUGCGCUUGGUUUGCUUUGCAUAUUAUUUAAGGAGGCAUCUGUUCCUGAUUUGCUUUAUUGAUGUUGUGCAUUGAUAUACUUGAAAGAAAGAUAUUAUAAAGCAGAACAUAUCUUUUAAAAGUGACAGUGUAGAAGGUCUUGACAUCUAACAGAAAUCUGGAGAUACAGCCUGAUUUUGAAGUGUACAAGGUUUUCAGGAAAUUUUGGUUUUAUCAGGGCAGACACAAUUUAAUGUUUCGGUUUUAUAUACUAAAUGAAUAAAUCCGUUCCCCAAGUGUAUUGAAGUUCUUUAACCUGACUGUAUUCUAUUAUUUGAGAACUCAUACCAUGCACGACUGAAGAUCACUUAACUUUUAAUUAAACCAUUAUGUUGUCAAAAGCCACAUCCUGAUUUGGGGGGGGGGGGGGCUCUGUGUGUUUUUAGCUGUAGCAUACCUUGACUUUUAUUUUGACCUUUAGUCUGCUAAAGAAUAAACUGUAUACCCACCCCAAAAGAGCCACAAUUAGGCUGUUUCAAAAUAGUGUUUUGUUAGUGUGGGGGUGAGGAACAGAUUUCAGGGUACAGAAUAUCAGAAGCAAGUGAGAAACAGCAAACAUCUGAGUGUAGGUGCUCCAAUAUGUUUAAUAGUACUUGACACACAACAAUACUUCACAUAAUGAUGUUAAUAACAUUUCUAGUAGUUUUAAUUAUUGAAUUAAUUUAAAAGUCCUGAAUUCCAGAUCCUGAAAAGGUUCGCUGUAGAAGAAGCUUGUCAAAAUGUAAAGCAAACUGCUUCCCACCUCAGCAAGGUUGUCCUUUUUAAUUUUGUCCCAGUCUCAUAUUGAAUUAUCCCUGCAGAUUCAUGGAGUAGAUGAACCUAAAUCUAGAAUUUACUAGACCAGGGAUGGGGAACUGUCACCUUCCAGGUGCUGUUGUACUAGAGCUCCCAUAAUCCCUGACCUUUGCCCUUGUUGGCUAGGGUCAAAGGGAGCAGGAGUACAACAUCAUCUGGAAGGCCACAUUCCCCUGCCCAAACACACAAGUUCCUCUUGUUUUUGAAGGUGGCACCCUAGGCUAGUAAUACAUUUCUAAAGAUUUUUCUCCUUUAAAGUCAUGGCUCAAUUAAUCUCAACACUAAGUACAUCACAGUUUUAGUAGUUUUAUUUACACAUUCUCCUUCUAACUUUACCCUUUCCAUCCUCCUUUUUUGUUCUCUAAAGCACUUCAUGAUUUACUACCAUGACUGGGGCACAACAGAAUAUUCUACUAUUAUUUUAUAAAAGUCUGCUUUCCAAAAUGCAACUGUGCAUAAAAAAUAAAUCAAUUAAAAAAAACAGACACUCAGCAGUUUUACAAAGGUUUUGCCUCAAACAACUUCAUAAAUGUAGCAGAUAUUUAAAUAUUUAUUCGCACAGCUGAGUUUAUGAAUCCCAAACAUCCUUUUCCUGCCCUGCUUUUCACAAAAAGAUUCUGUAAGAUGGGCAUGCUUGAAGAAAUAGGAUUUUAUUCUACUUUUUCAACAAGGAGAUAUUGGUGACUUUUCUCUCUCUUCAGAAUUCAGGAUCUUGCUAGAAACUUAGCCUGUCUAUGCAUGAGUACCAUGGCUCAAGGUGUGUUCUUUAUUUGUGCACAAGUUAACUGGAACUGUUAAAUCACAGUGUUUUAGAGGCCUUUCUUCAGAUAUUGCAUUGCAGUGCAUGUGACGACCUUUCCCACUUCCUUCAGUUAAAAAAGAAGGGGAGUGUGUGAGGCCCAGUCAUGCCCACACUUCAGACUGAGAAUAAUGUCACAGAUAGGCAUGACAAGUGCGCACAAUGCACUGUGUGGGGAGUUCCAAAGUACCGGUUGUUACUAGCACACUAAAAGUUCUGACAAGAGUUGCAGUCCUAACUACCUGGAGGGCACCAGAUGGAGAAGGCUGGACUAGAAUAACUAACUGCAUCUCCUCUUCUUCAGUGCCGUAACUACAUUCAGUUUUCUAUUGACUCUCCUUUGUUUUUGUUUUUCCAAAUGACCCAGAAGUAGUCUCACAAACAUGAUAGACCCUGCCAGUUUUAAUUCAUAUUAGUGGUGUUGACAUCGUUUAGAUUGCUCACCACAGUUGCAGCCACAGCUGAGACUCCUAAAUUUGGAGGCAUUCCUCCCCCCGUCAUUCUGGAUAUGGGAUCCAAGGAUCAGGCAUAAGCUUGACUAAUCCUCGCCACAAAUGAUCAAUGCAUCCAUCACUCGAAUCUGAAUAUAUUCCUAUGCAGACAGUUAACCUAAAUAUCUGAAUAUAUUCCUAUGCAGACAGUAAACCUAAAAUUAAAAGUAUAUUUGGAAAGCUGGCAUAUUACUACCGAUAUUUGUCCUGCCAUUUCUGCAUAGCAUUAUUUUCCUGGGAGGGUGGGGAGGGAAGGAAAAGACACUAGAAAAUAUCCUUGCUUCCAUUAAAUAAAAAUGUAACAUUUGUUAUGAAGAAACCUGUUCAAUUUCCCCACAAAUGAUGCCUUUCAGCUGCUGUACAAUUUGGAGAAACAAAUGGGGAGAGAUGGUAAUUUGGACAGACAUUAAACAGUCUCAGGGUAUAUUUUUCCAAGGGAUUUCCUUUCUCUCCCCAUUAAUCAGCAUAGGCUUCCCACAAAGACCUGCCUCUGAAGGAAUAAAAGAUUCUGGGAUGUUGUCUUACGAAAAUAGUACGAAUAAAUGUCAAGGAAAGCCUCGCCCUCCUACCCCUGGGUUACAGUUCUGGACUCAGUUAUUAUCAUUUUAUGACUACUUUAGGCUAUACAUAUGAUGCCCACCCCCAACUGCUCAUUGUAAAAAAGAUGGGCCACUAAAUUGGCAAGGUUUAUCUGAAACCACAGUCAAUGGAUGACCAAUAGAUGCCAUCCCUCAGCAAUAUUUUUGUGGGUGUUAUUCCUGCAAGGCCUUUGCUGAUGAAAGAUUUCUUUCUUGCUUAGUUUAAAAAGAAAACAGCCAAACGAAAUACCUAUUUUGCAGAUAUGUCAAAAAUGAAAAGGUUCUGUUAGCCCUACUGCUUUAACCGAAUUCAAAAAUCACAUUAGUGUGAGAACUGGGUGAUUAUAUCAUCCAGUUCUGUGGAACAAUAUCCAUUUCUCUUAUCUACAAAACUUCUAGUGAGCUGACACCUGAGCUGGGCAAAUUCAAGGGCAUGAGAGGGCAGAAUUAGUUAACUAUUGGAGCACCACACUGCAGUCUCAACCUUCCUCUGCCUUUAUGUUCUUACCUUUCUACACCAUAGAACAGUUAUGUCCCAUCUUUGAAAUUCCCUUUGUCAUGCCUUGUUGUUUGUGGCAUUCUUGCUUUUGUUAUAUUUUUUUGUUUUUCAGGCAAUGGUCCACCGCUCUUUGCUUCUUGCAAAAGUGGGGGGACCUGUUGCCCCCCUACGUUACUGGGCUCCCACCAGCUCUAGCCAGCAUGCCCAAUAGGGAUAAUGGGAAUUGUAGUCCAGGAAUCUCUAGAGGACCACAGGUUCACUCCUCCUGCUUUAUUGUGUUGCUGCACACAUCUGUCACAAUAUGGGUUAGGCAGGCAUGUGACACAGCCCUAGGCAGUCCACCAAGCCCUUUGUUCCAGCUCCUUCUCCUGUUCAAUCUCGUCUUGCAGUGAAGAGGAGCAGAGAGCUAAAGGAAGAUGCUAGAUCCAGCCACCGUAUCCAACAGUGUUGGCAGGGCCUCCGCUUCCUGCAACCACUGCCAAUUAGGUUGGGUGGCAGCUAGAAGUUUGUUUCCUUUCUAAAAGAGAACCAAUUUCAACUUGCCGUAACAACAUGACAUGCUCAUUGAGCCAUACUGAUGUCACUACUGUCUGUAUGCUUCGUUUGUCACUGAAGACAGGGUGGCUGCUUGAUGGCUUAACAUUGACUCAGAUCCCAAUAGGUGUGCCUCAUGGUUGUCCCAUGAUUGAGGCAGGCAGAAAAACUUGGGAAAGGACUAGAACAGCCAAAUAUUUUGUCAAAGAUUGCUAAUUUUUUUGUAACUUUACAUCCCCAUAUGUUAGGUUGCCCCCACUCUGUGAGAUCCUAUGUUAGGGAAGAAGCACAUCAUCCUGGAAGUGUCACAAGCAUUUAAACGCCGAAUUGUUGCAAGCAGGAUUUGAAAUGGAAUCCUUGAUCUUGCAAGUCACAAUCGCCUUCCCUUCCCCUAGCAAUUUAAUUUUGGGUGCAGGAAGUAGAUAGCAGAUGAUCCCAGACCCAGCUGUAGGGUCUUCCCCUUGGCAGCAAUGAAAAACAGAGUGUCAGGAUCCUGCUUUGCUUCACUGGCAAGGAAAGAGACUCUGCCAGGGCUUGGGGCUGGCCACUGCUUUCACUUAGCUCAAGGUAAGCCAAAGGGUUUUGCAAAUGUUCACUUGCAAUGAUGAUAAAGGUUUGACUUCUGGUUGAGCGAUACGAUGCCCCAAAUUCCUAAUCAUCUCCUAAUGUUCAUUCAUAAAUCUAAAAUGUAUAACUAGCAGUCACAUGCACAAAUAGCUAGUUGCCAAUGUAACACCAUGUUAAGAUGUGUCUUAUCUCAAAGAGACCCUUUCCCUUUAUUUCGUUAUUGUUUUAGUGCAGUGUUUGGGAGACGUUUUCAAAUCUUACCCACUUCCCCUCUUUGGUGCAUUAAUUCCUGCCAAACACUCUCUGCUGCAAAAGAUCUUUUAAUACCUUUUCCAAUGUUUUGACUUUGAAAUGUUAUCUGGGUGGCGGUGGUGAACUAUUUGUUGGUCUCGGCUCCAAACUACUCCCCCCCCUUUGUAUGAGAUAAAAUCGAUUUCUGGACUUUUUGCACACAGGACAUUAAUGAGACAUGGCAGCUGGUAGGCUCUGAAAGCCUGAAAGCAAGAUUGGUAGCAACAUGCAACAUUGCCGGUGCUGUAAGAUGAACGCUGUGCUCCAUCUGAUUCCAAAAGGGACAGGCAGAUCUGGUCACUCAAGAGUUUGUGACAUUCGUUGCCCAAGAAGUGCCCCAAAUUCUAAAUUUAGAAUCUAAAUGAAGACCAAACAGCACAGUGAAAUAAGUAAAGAUUUUUUAUUUUUAUUUUUUUGAAUUACUGGUUUGAAAUCAUUUGGCUUUUCUUAUCUUGGGAAAUGUCAGUUUGGAAUCCAUUUAUUUGUCUUACCAAAGCAAUCUAUAAUGACUCUGUUUUUGAAAAGUAAUGUCCAUGAGCAGCUCCCUCUGUUCCGAAUAAAUUGCCUUGUGCUUUAACUUGCCAUCAAGGCCUGAGAUUUAGUUGCUAGCUGGGGAUUGCAAUAAAUGUGCAGUUAGCUUUCUAUGGGUGGAUUUAAGGUAUAUUUCUUGGAGUGGUAAGUCUUGAUUUCAUUUAUGUCACCAAAAUGUUGAGUAUAGUGAGAAUGCAAUUCCUUACCCAGUAACACAACCAGAUGUAAAUGAAUGGAAAUUCAGCAGCACAAUUACAACAAUCCUUGCCUGAAAUGUGUUUGUGUGUGUGUGUUAGUGCACUUCUUCCUACUUAACAUGUUAUAUGCAUCUUUUACAUAGUGUGUCAUGUGUCUUAGGUAAGCAGAAACACUUUGCCAAUAAUGUACCUUGUACUUGGAAAUUUCGACAAGGUCUUGGCUCACUUAAUUUGCCCCUUUAAAGUUUCUUGGCAUGCAGUAAAUUACACAGGGCACCAUUUUCAAGAUGGCGAAAACAUUUAUGUUAAUUCCCUUCCUCACUCCAGAAAUAUCUGGAUGUUUUAAAAUUGUGAUCCAUCUAUGCAAAAUAGUCUUUCCUGGAACAAUUGCAACAGGAAAUUUACAGUUUGAUAUAUUCACGGAGGAAAAAGAGAUGUGUAGUUUUAUUUUGAGUCUUCCAGAAAUGUUAUCUAAAAUCACGUAUACUCUUAGAGGUAUGAACCUCUGUUUGGAUUGAAAACAUUUACUAAGCUUUUAGGCUUAGUUGUAAUAGAAAACUUUAAAUAAACCAGAGAGCAGAAAAGCAGGAGAGGGAGUGAUUAAACAGCUGUAAAAAUGUGUAGAAAUAAAACGGCAGCUGUGUAGGAAAACACGAUAUUUUUAAUUUCUGAUGUUUGCUGAGAAAAGCUCUUAUAAGUAAUAUUACUUAAUAAGUAAUAUCAAUGUAGCAACAAGUUCUUCCAAUCUCUUCAGUGAACACCUUUGAGACAGCUGAAGGCUGGCACAGUCUUACUGGGUCACUAGUUCUCAUACCAGUAACAGGCAGCAGAAAUGGGGGCAGGGAACACAAACUGCGGCCUCCUCAGAGACAUUCAGCUGCCUCUGGCCUUUCUGAGAUGCAAGCCAGCUGUUCUUCCUUCUUCCAUUACUAGACACACCACAUGGAGACUGGUUUCACUAUUUCUUAACCCUUUCUCCAAGCCCUCCUGAACAAAAACAAUCUCGUUGCUGCAAGCCUUCUUCCCACAGUCCCAAGGGCGUUACCCUACUAGAUGACUGAUAAGCAGUGGAAGGGAUAUGUGGAACUUCUCAACCACCCAGCAGCAAUGAAAUCUACCCCAUCUCUUUCGCUGCCACUGCCUCCCAGACUCCACUUCCAUGGAAAGUUUUUACUCACAUCAGGAAUAAAGGAGAGCGCCUUUUCCCGAGAUAAGCAAGCACAGAAAUAAUUAUUAAACUAAAACAAGUAAAGUUAAUAUGAUGCGAUUUGCUUAGAGAACAACAAAUUUUUAAUGCGCAAUUUAAAAGCAAACAGAUAAUCAAAUUGUAAAACGUAAAGGUAGCUGGGCUUUCUGGUGAGAAAGGUUUCGGUAACGAUAUCAGGGCAAUACCUUUAUUAGGCAAACCAAGAGUAGGGAUUUAGGUCGUUAGGUGCAAACCUGUAAUUUCUUUUGAAUGGAUAUAGAUUGUAAAAAAAAAGUUUAUUAUAAGAAACUUGUAAACAUAUGGAUUGUCAAAAGUUUAUUACAAAAAAAGGACAAUAAAAAAAGAAGUGCUAGUAUUUUGGGACAGGGAUCCACUAGAGCUGAGUGCCGUUCUUUGAUUUUACUUCAGAUUUGCUGGUCUGUGGCCAUUCUGGCUUUGAGUGAUGUGUGCACUGUGGUUUUGCACAGCCUUCUACAUUCUUGCUGGCUGCUCUGCUCAACGUUCCCCAUUGAGCACUGUUGUCUCCCAGGACUCUGCAUACCCAGCUGGAUAGUGUGAACACUUUUUCCUGGCCGCCGCCUCCUCCUCUUCCUCCUCCUCCUCCUCUUUUUAACUGCAAAGUGAUGCCAGGCAAUGUACAAAGCAUCUACAGCUGUGCUAGAGCUACAUCAUAGCCCUUGGUCAGCAGUGGGGAAUGUCUGGCUUCAGCCUUAUUUCAGCCCUUCAGCCCUUUGCUUUUGGCCAGUGAGGCUGCUUUUAGCUAACCAUGGUCACCUGUGUAGCCUUCACUUUUGGACCAGCCCACUGGGUAGGAAUGCGUCUCUUGGACUAAAGAGGUUGCCCCAUAGAGGUUAAAGUGUGGAAUUCUCAUUUUCAGUCUUUCUCUACCUUAAAUUUUAGAUCUCUUCCAGGUACACCUUGAAUGAGGCUCUGUAUGUUGUUACAUAGCUCCGAAACAUGGGUUGUGCUCUUUUCGUUGACUGUAUCUGUUGUAGGCGCAGUGAAGAAAUUUGUUUGUUUUGCAUUUGAAAGCGCUCUGACCUGAUUUGCCAGUCGUGGACUUAAAUGUCGAUCAGAAUGCAGCCAUCAGUCAUAUCUCAUACUUCUCUGAAAUUUACAGUGUAGUUUCAAAACCUGCAAACAAAAAUGCACAUACCCAGGGAAGAUGCAUGGAAAUGCCAUUUAAAAAUGUGUAUUUUAGGGGUAGCAUGCAUAAGAUGUAUUAAAACCGAGUACUGUUUAAAUGUGAUUUUUUUAAAAUCCGCGGAGCGAGGAGGGAACAGGCCUGUGAUCGAGCACAUGUGAAACUGAUAACAGAACAGAAACGAACUGAUUCACCCUUAAUAUAUGACUAUGUGGUCAGCCCCCAGCUGUGCAGGUUGUGCUGCUCUAUUUUCUUCUCCUGUGGGACCAGUAUGACUGACUUGCAUGGUUUAAUCCCAGCCUGAGUGACAGCUAUUGUUAGCUUUAUUGGAUUUGUUGCUCACGUUAUUCGGCUUCUGUCCUAAACAACAAAGGGCUUUAGGUCAGAUUACGCUAUUACCACAAACAUGAUUUCUUUGUAACCCUUCCUUUCUUACAAGUAUCAUUUUAACAAUUGUGCUAUGUUACUUACCAAGGCUGUCAAAACACACACACGUACAGAAUAUGAUGCAGGGUGCAGACGGGGAAUGGAGGUAAUAUUUUAGGACUGCAAUCUUGGUAUGUUGCAACUCACCAGUUGAAGACUUGUGGUCCACAGCUUUCAUUUUUGCCUCUUCUCCCCACCCCCCACCCUCCUAAAUUGGUGAGAACGUUUAACAAACAAUUUACAUAAGUCAUGGAUUCAUAGGAGCGUCACAGGUCCAUUGGCUUUCUUCUCUGUACUUAAAUUGUAUCUGACAGAUGCUCCUUUACUCCACAUUUUAAACCUCAAGAGAAAGCGACUCCACAUUUUCUCUGGUCAAUUUUGUUCUCUUUAAUAAAUAAAGAACAAGCCAUGCUUGCUUUUAAAAGCACUAGUUAGCAUCCAUCCUGAUUCUACGAGGUCAUGUUGUCUCCUCUUUAUAGCAGCCUUUUAGAAUGUUUAAUGGCCACUUUAAAGAAAUUGCUAAAUGCGGACAUACAGUUUUUAAAUUAGCACUUGAAGCAUAUGGCCUGUUGAAAAGAUGCUCCUUUUAAAAAAAAAAAAAAAAAUCAAUUUCUACCCCUUAGGGGCUUAUACCCUUUAUGGUGCUUCCUUUUCUGGGCAGGGGAAUGAGAAAGACGCAUGGUUAUUUUGUGAAACAUCUGAUGAUUGAUUACAGUCUUUGAGACUGUAAGUUUUUGUGGCAGAAGCAAAAUGUAGUCAAUUAUUAUUAUUCAGAUAAAUCAGAACGUGGAACUCCAGAGGGGCCGCUUGCGAGACGACAUAAAGGAGUACAAAUUCCGAGAAGCCCGUUUGCUGCAAGAUUACACUGAGCUCGAGGAGGAGAACAUCUGCCUUCAGAAGCAAGUGUCAGUCCUGAAGCAGAACCAGGUGAGUAUUGAAAUUGCCAUAUCUUGUUCUCUGGGCGGGGGGGGGGGGGGCUCAGAUUCAGUUGUGCUUGUGGAAAGCUUGUAGCUCUUCUCUGAUGCCUCAGAUUUCAGCCCUCUGAACCCCAUGACUAAUAGCAGGUGAAGUUUGGGGGCAGCAGUGCUUACCUAACCCUCCGACAGCAGGAUUUGCGCUGCCCAACAAGAGGGAGAGAGGCAAGGUGGCCACGUUGGCUCUGCCGGUGCGUUUGCUGCAUCGUGCUGAUCCCCCCCCCCCGUGUCCCCCUCUUCCUACUAGUAAGCAACGGUGAGUGUUUCCUGCUUCGCCUCCCCCCCGUUUUUGAUGUCAGGCAUUUUAGUGAUACUUUCUGUGUCCUAGGUGGAAUUUGAAGGGCUGAAACAUGAAAUCAAGAGGCUUGAAGAAGUUACCGAGUUCCUCAACAGCCAGCUGGAAGAUGCCAUAAGGUUAAAAGAGAUAUCUGAGCGCCAGCUUGAGGAGGCCUUGGAGACCCUGAAGACGGAACGAGAGCAGAAGAACAACCUUCGGAAGGAGCUGUCUCAUUAUAUGAACAUCAAUGAUUCCAUGUACACGAGCCAUUUGAACUUCUCUCUGGAUGGGCUGAAGUUCAGCGAUGAGACCACAGAGCCCAAUAAUGAUGAGAUUGUGAACGGCUUUGAGCAGAACUGCCUGAGUAAAAUCAACAAUGGCAAUAAUAAGGCAUCAACGCCGAAGAAAAGCGAGAGCUUCCCUCCAGCGCCUAGUCUUGUGUCUGAUCUCUUGAGUGAGUUGAAUAUAUCUGAAAUCCAGAAGCUGAAACAGCAGCUUAUGCAGGUAAAUCCUUGUUAACUGUGGCUGGAAUUUGAUUGUUCUGUCAGCGCAGGCAUUUCUUAUCGCCUGAUGGAAUGCUUUCUCCUCUUCUAGGCACUGUACUGGGGGUUACGCUGACCUGAUUGGGGUGUGUACAGGGGAAUGAAGAGGGGGGAAGCACCGUUGUACUAGUGAAACUUCGCACAGUGCAGCUAUUUAGUUGAAUCUGGCCCUAUAUAUCUGAAAAUUAAGUAUUUAUCAAAAGCCAUUUAUGAACAAAGUGGUUCUUGAUAUUAUUAUUAUUACCAGUAGUCUCAAUAUCAUAGCUUGUUUUGAAGCUGGUACCCAUGGUACUGCUGUUAAUUGAAGACUUCCUGGUUUGGUUGCUCACACCAUGAAGGAAGGGUAAAGGGGUUGUGUGUACACAGGAUAAUAGAAUUGUAGGGUUGGAAGGGACCCUAAGGAUCAUCUUGUACAACUGCCUGUUUGUAACUAGUACUGGAGGUGCUGGAAGUUGAACCCAGGAAUUUUAUAUAUGCAAAGAAUGAGCCAUGUAUCCUUUAUGGCAGAUGUUAUAGUAGAUGCACUUUCAGAAAGGGUAAACAUUGCUUUUUAUUCAUUGUAGAUGGAAAGAGAAAAAAUGAAUUUGUUGUCUACACUCCAAGAGUUCCAAAAGCAGCUGGAGAACACCCGAGGGGCUCUGUCUGAGCAGAAUGAGAAGGUAGUCAGGCUCACCGAGAACCUCAGUGCCAUGAAAAAGCUCCAGGUCAGCAAGGAGCGCCAGUCAGCUCUUGACAAUGAAAAGGAGCGAGAUAGCCACGAAGAUGGAGAUUAUUAUGAGGUUGACAUCAAUGGCCCAGAGAUUCUGGAAUGCAAGUACAAAGUGGCUGUGGCAGAGAUUAGUGACUUAAAAGAUGAGCUCAAAGGCCUAAAAGCCAAAUAUGAAGAGUGUGAAUCCAAAUACGAAGAGGAGAAGAGCAGGUAUGAGACUGAAUCUCAAGCUCUGACCGAAAAGAUUACUUCGUUGGAAAAAUCUAGCAGGCAAGAUAGAGAGCAGGUGGUUAGACUGGAGAAGGAACUCAAGAAAGUAAGUGAUGUUGCUGGAGAAACACAGGGAAGCCUCAGCGUAGCUCAGGAUGAGCUGGUCUCCUUCAGCGAGGAGUUAGCCAACUUGUACCAUCAUGUCUGCAUGUGCAACAAUGAAACUCCAAACCGGGUCAUGCUGGAUUACUACAAAGAGGGUAAAGGAGGCCGUACCAGUCCAGAGGGCAAAGGCCGCAAAUCGCCCAUCCUGCUCUCUAAAGGCUUGUUGUCCAUAGACUUAGGAAAAUCAGAAAGUGGGAGUGGGGACAGCAGUCCUUCGCCAGUGUCGUCUCUCCCGUCCCCAGUAUCUGAUCCCCGGAAGGAGCCCAUGAACAUUUACAACCUGAUUGCCAUAAUCCGCGACCAGAUCAAGCAUCUGCAACAAGCGGUUGACAGAACGACAGAGCUGUCUCGGCAGCGGGUGACCACCCAGGAACUCGGGCCGGUAGUAGACAAAGACAAAGAGGCUCUAAUGGAGGAAAUCCUGAAGCUGAAAUCUCUGCUAAGCACCAAGAGGGAGCAGAUAGCAACUCUGAGGACUGUCCUAAAGGCUAACAAACAGGUAAGCGGUCCUGUAAUUUUACACAGUUUACGUUGUCAACAAAAGGGAUUCAUUAGACAAAUGGUGAUAUGCCUCCCUCCAUGUAUAUAAUAUUUUUAAUAGUCUCUUCACACAUGCACAAUACACUAAGGUAGGUACUCAUUGGCGAUUCUGUGUUCAGGUCCUGGUAAAGGUUCCAAACAGGUGUGGAACUCUGAUGUUCUUGGAUGUUCUCCGUUUCUUAAUUCUCUAUAAUCCCAUUAACUGUGACUAUUUUCUUUUGCUGUUUUCUGUAAACUUUUAAGACAGCAGAAGUUGCUCUGGCCAACUUGAAAAGCAAGUAUGAAAAUGAAAAGGCCAUGGUUACAGAGACCAUGAUGAAGCUGCGUAAUGAGCUGAAGGCUUUAAAAGAAGAUGCUGCUACCUUCUCUUCUCUGAGGGCCAUGUUUGCUACCAGGUAAAAGACAUUGAAACGUCAGCAGAAGUUGGUAACGGGGGGAACAAAUAGAACUUGCUACAGUACCAAUGUACCCUGGGAAAUGUACUGAUACAAGCUUCCUCAAUGGCCGUGUUUGGUGGUAGCACCAUGAACCAUAGUCAGAUGAAUUAGCUUGUGCUCCUUCACUCCUUGAGCAGAGUAACAAAUCACAGAGCUGGUAGCUUAGCUUUAUAUCCAAAGCAGCACUCAUGGAUUGUUUUCCCCACAAAAAAGUAGCUUCCCAGUCAUGGAUGGUUUGGUAGAAGCAAACUGUCAGAGCUGGUUUGAAUACCACAUGAAGCCAACUGCUCCAUGGUUUGUUUUCCUCACUCAAGGAAGGGAAGAGUGAAGCAGGGAGGGCUUGAGCUGAAUGCAUAAGCACUUAGCUUGUGCACAAGGUGAUCUGCCUACUCUGUGGUUUAUUAUGGCAAGAGUCACAUCUCAACAUGGCCAAUGAAUUCUGUGUGUGUGUGUGUGUGUGUGAGAGAGAGAGAGAGAGAGAGAGAGAGAGAGAAAUUAUAUUGCACACUAAGGAUGCAAAUCUAUACUAGAGAGUAAGUCCCAUUGAACACAAUGACAUCCAAGUUUACGUGCAUAAGAUCGUGCUGCUAAAUACACAUUUUUUCUGAAUUUACGCAAAAGUAAGGCCUUCAAAAAUGUUACACUUGCUCAGCCUGCAACACACACAGAGAGAAUCGCAGCAGUUGAAUUUGUGUCUUUUUUACCACAUAAAAGCAAGAAGGUCCAACAAUGGCAGUCAUGUGUGCACAUGGGAUACCUAACUUAAAUAGCACUGGAAGUCAUGCACAGCAAUCUGUAAGGUCUUUAUCCAGCACCAGAAGGCACAGCAUCUCUUUUUUGAAGCUGUUUCCUAGCUGUUAUGUUAGAGCUGCCUUUAUGCUUACAUAAAAUGUAUUAGGGAUGCCUUCCAGCAAGGAAAAAGCAAUAAAUUGAAAUUAUGGUGUCCUGAACUAACAUAUGAGGAUGAGCAAUGCAGAGCUACAGUAUAGCUGUGGUUUUAAAAUAUCGCAGUAGUUCUGAAUGCAUGCCUAGGCUCUGAGGGGAAGGGCGCUCAGUGGUUGAGCAUUUGUCUUGUAAGCAGAAGGUCCCAGUUUCAAUCCCUGGCAUCUCCAGAUAGGGCUGGGCGAGGCUCUUGCCUGAAGUCCUGGACAGCAGCUGCCAGUCAGUGUAGACAAUACUGAGCUAGAUGGACCAAAGGUCUGACUCAGUAUAAGGCAGCUUCUUCUGCUCCUGUGUAACAGACACCAGUAUGAGCCUUGAACUACAGCUUAGGUUACUGAUAAAAUUACAAACACAUUUCAAUAGUGGAAUUAUAAGGUGUGUAGUAACAUUCAGAGUGGAAUUGCCUUAGUAUCUGGAUCUUCAUAAUAUAUCUUUUGUCUGAAUGAAGAAGUUUCUGAAUUGCAUUAAAUUAUGGCCAGCACUUAACCUACCGUAUUUUUCGCUCUAUAGGACGCACUUUCUCCCUUCAAAAAUGAAGGGGAAAUGUGUGUGCGUCCUAUGGAGCGAAGAUGCCAUAGCCCCGCGACCCUCUCCCGGCUGGAGAGGUGACGCGCGGCUAUGGCAGGAACCUCUACAGCCCCGUGUCACCUCUCCAGCCGGGAGAGUGUGUGCGCGGGGCUGAAGCAGCCCCCCGCGACCCUCUCCCGGCUGGAGAGGUGACGCGCGGCUAUGGCAGGAGCCUCUAUAGCCGCGCGUCACCUCUCCAGCCGGGAGAGCACCGCGGGCUAAAGCAGCCCCCGCGACCCUCUCCUGGCUGGAGAGGUGACGCGCGGCUACGGCAGGAGCCUCUACAGCCCCGCGUCACCUCUGCAGCCGGGAGAGCGCGCGUGGGGCUAAAGAAGCCAUAGCCCCGCGACCCUCUCCCGGCUGGAGAGGUGACGCGCAGCUAUGGCAGGAGCCUCUCCGCUGCGCCUUUCCGCUGCUCCCUGACCUGCUCUUUGGGGCUGGUGGUGGGCUUCCCCCCCGCCAGCCCCAAAGAGCAGGUCGAAAGGAACCUGAAGCCUGGAGAGCGAGAGGGGUCAGUGCACACCGACCCCUCUCGCUCUCCAGGCUUCCAAGGUAGCCGCCUGAACGCACCUUAAACGGCACCUUGUUUUAGAGCGGGAAAACAAGAGGGGGAAAGUUCUCCCCCUCUCUGUGCAGCACCUCCUGCUGCUUCACUGAAGGGGCGCUGGGCAGAGAGGGGAAAAUUUUUUUUUCUUGUUCUCCCCCCUCUAAAACAAAGUGCGUCCUUUUGUCCGGUGCGUCCUAUGGUGCGAAAAAUACGGUAGUUUACUAGCAUGAAAUAAAUAAAUAAAACCCCAAGGAGUUUUUUGUUUUUGAAACAAUGAAAAUGUCACAAAUGUGUGAGCAAACUUCCAUGUUCUCCAGAACUAUUCAGAUGUUAGGUCAAGCAAAACAGGGCCAGGGUGUAGAAGAAUUUAGGCAUGAUCUUGUUGCCCCCAAAGUCUGCAGUUAAAGCCAUCUUAAAAUGGAACAGGAUUAGGAGUCUUGUUAGGUGAAAGACAGAUUGCAGAAUGCACCCAGGACUACUGGAGCUAAGAAGCAAAAACCGGAAAGCUUAGUUGGUUAGAGCAUGGUGCUGAUAACAACAAGGUUGCAGGUUCGAUCCCCAUAUGAGACAGCUGCAUAUUCUUGCAUCGCAGGGGGUUGGACUAGAUGUUCCUCAGGGUCCCUUUCAGCUCUGCAACUCUGAUUCUAUCAUUCCCCAUUGCUGAAAAUGUAAAAUCACAUACUUUAUUCAGUUCUGUCUCCAGCCUUAAGAAAAAACAACACUCAGGCCUUUUUGAAGCAGAGAGCAGAAGAGAAGGGAAAGAUUGUAUUCUUUUAUAUUAGCAAUGCUGAAGAUUUAUAUGAGGUGCCUAACCAUAUACAGAGUCAACAGAUGCCGACUUGGUAAUAUUACCUAUUGAUUGAAGGAUAUGUAACUCCUCAAAUUACUGUGUGUGUUUGGGGGUUCACUUGCUAAAAGCACAUGUCAACAUCAAAAUCUUGUGCUCUCUAUGAAAACCUUGCAUCUCAUAGCCUUUGGGACACAGCAGUCUUGGAACUGAUUAAUCUCGAUUACUUCUGUAAGUCAUGAAAGCCAUAUACUUCCAUAAUCGGUCAAACAUGUAAGCCAGGAACUCGUGGAUCUCAGUUAUAGCAACCUUCCCAAGCUGAAAGAUCUAUUUUGCCCCUUCAGAGUCCCUAGAAGCUGCUGCAGCUGAGAUCAGUAUGCUCUCUUGACAUGUAAGUGCCUGCUAUCUGUACGAGUAGCCUGUCCUUUGUGAGUCCAAAUAAUGUGUCUGAAAGUUAAUACGUGAACCAACUCUUGGAUGCUGGUAGCAAAAAAGCCGUGCUGCUUUAAAAGUUCUUUCUCAUUGCAGGUGUGACGAGUACGUCACCCAGCUGGACGAAAUGCAGCGCCAGCUUGCCGCGGCCGAAGACGAAAAGAAGACGCUGAACUCCUUGCUCCGUAUGGCCAUCCAGCAAAAGCUGGCUUUGACCCAGCGCCUUGAGCAUCUUGAGCUGGACCAUGAGCAGUCCAAAAGGGUGCGCACAAAAUCUGCUUCCAAAGCCAAGAGUAGUAACCCCAGUGUAAGUCACAUACGGUCAUGUGGAGACAGAUCCGAAGGAUCUGUGCUUAAUAACCAGGUGUUUUGCAGCGAGAAGUAUAAGAUCUAUUGCGAUUAAGAAGGCAAAAAGAGAGAAAGAGAGAGAGAGAGGCCGUAAAUAUGCAUCUGAUGUUUGUGCUGUUUGAAUGUCAGCAUAAAUCCCCACUAUAUUAAUGUUGCGGUGGUGCGUGGCUUUGUACUAGUAUGUUGUUAAACCACGUAAUACAGGCUGUAUUAUAGUGGUCUUAACUGUAACUGAUUCACAAGCAUGGGGAGGGGGGAUGCUGUUAACAAGCUAAUGAUGGAAAAGCACUUGGCUGUUUCCAGAAGGAGCGACUUUGGUUUUGCUGUUUAUCGGUAAGUGUUAAAGGUGCAGGCCAGGUGUACGACGCCUGGCGUUACUAACUGUAGCUUGUCUAGCGCAGAUGUGAUCCUUUCCCCUGGGUUCUAAGCGGUUUUUCAAACAAUGGAGAUAAUUUCAUUGGCAAGAGCCAUCUCCUUGUUUAAUAUGCCUGCAAAGUGGUGAAAUGCAGUGCUUAAAAAUUAGAUGUGUAAUGUUGGGUGUAAAGAAAUCUGUGUUUUGAACCAGAAACGAAUCUAAAUUAAAUCUGCUGUAGCAGGUAGUUGCUUUCAUUAUUACCACUUAGCAAAAGCCAAAAAAAGCUUUCUUAUAAGCUGUUAAGAGCUAGGACAACCUAGUAGGAAGGAUGCCUUCUGAAAUUCCUGGGUUUCCUUCCUUGCUUCGCUUCAGAGGGUUAACCUGUUGAAAAUUGCACAAUUAAAAAAGAGAGAGAGAGAGAGCGGAGAUUCUGGAACGCAACUUUACACUAAAAGAAAGCAAAAUUAGGAUCUCAAUGUUUCAGAACAGUUAUGUUGUGGGACAAUACCAUAUACUACAAAGAUUUAUGUAGUAUCAUGUUGUUGUUGCUUCUGGCAGUGUAAUUUGCCAGGAAGAAGGUGCAUUGCAUAUUGGGCCAAAGUUAGUCUAACUUUAAAUCUCCUUGAUUUUCAUUGAGAAAGUUAAACAAGUGCUUAACUCUCUUCUGUUUCAAUCAAGGAGAUUUUAAAGCACGUAAGGUCAUGCUCAUUAUUACUAUAUCUGCACCGUAUACGUGUACAGAAUUAAUAGGAGUGUGUUCUAGUAUUGUCAAGUUGCAAUGCAUUUCUCCUUAACUGUCAGUAUUAAGGCUUAAUAGGAUAGUAUUACAGAGCUCUGUCUUUUGUUCAAGCAAAAAAGAAAAAAAAGAUGAAAUAAAAUUGCAUUUUUAAUGCAAGCACACAUUUCACAGGGCUCUACAUUCUAGGCACAGGAAAUAAAAACAUAACCAGUUUAUUCUUGUUUUUACAUAAUUAUGAAGUAGGUUAGUAAAUGCAUAUUCAUCUAUAAAAAAGAUGAUUUGUCCAUUAUUGAACUUUUAAGGGGCCUUUUUGGCCACUUAAUUUCAAUAAGUUUGAUAAUAUUUGUUUUUUUAAAAAGUGUACUUCAUAAUUGGUGCCUAUAGAAAUUGUAAUGAUACAAGACUGGGAGUGGGGAAUGAUGCUUUUUAAAUUGUGAUAAAUUUAAGGAGCACAACAAGGCACAUUUUUGUAAAGAAAAAGAAACAAAACAAUUCAAAAGUGCCUAGCCUCAAACUUUAUUUUAAUGUAAAGCCCUGUUCAUUUUGUACUCUUUUCAAAUAACUUUGUAUGCUUAGAAUACUACUAAGAAGUAAUGCAGGACAGCACAGCUGCGCCCGCUGACCCUGGUAAUAUUCCCCUCCUCCCAAAGCCAUGCUAAUAAUAACAGUAAUCUUGGUGUUGUUACUGCCUCAUCUUACAUUAUUCUUUUUAGAUGAUUAGCAGCUUGCUUCCUCUGUAUUGCCGCUCUGCCUAUAAAGUAGUUAGGAGAUAUAGAAGUGUUACUGUAAUGUAAUAAGGGGAGUGUUCUCUGUUUUCCUGGCAGAAGGAAGCAGAGUGGUGCUUGGACCCCUCAAGAGAUUAGGAACAAAAACAAAUUGCAAAAAAAUUGCAAGGAGAAAAAAAAAAUUAAACAGAGAAUCCGGCAGCUAGAAAUCACACAAUUGACAUUACAUCUGCCGAUGUAUAAACAAUUCUGAAUGAUCCAGUUUUAAUGUAUUGCUGAUGAAUCAGCAAACACAAUAUUAAAAAAAAAAUUGGUGUCAGAACAGCAUGCCUCAUACACCUCACUUUAUUACUACAUUUGCAGAAAACACAGCCUAUUCUCCUGAUUUUGAGCUUUAAUAGCAGGCUUUGAUAUUUUUAGAAGCAGAACACCGUUUAGCAAAUGUUCAAUCCUGCUUUUCUCCUCUUUGAUGCACAAUAAUCCAAAAGGCCUUUUGAACCCACCCCUUUUGAAACAAAAUGCCUUGGACAUAACUAGGCAUUUAGAAUAUGGAACUAUUUUGCUCCAUUAGUAGCAGUGGUUGCUAUUGCUUUCGCAUUGAUGGGGAGCUGAUAAUAACCUUUCUAAAUAUAUCCUUUUCUCUGGUGGUGCUUGUAACACAAGAAUACUCAGGUGGGGGUGGGGGGGAGAAAAGGAAGUUUUAUGGAAUCGAUAGCAUUGGCAAGUUUUCAAGUUCACUGGAAUGAAAUAGGGAAGUCUCAGUGUUUGUGAGAUGGUGACAGUGUCUAUCAGUGUCUGUUCAUAUUGCUCAAGACAGCAUAUUUACAGUUUUCAGCUGGCUUACUAACAAUUUCCAUGGUGAUCUCUAUGGCUGUUUUACGACCACAAAGGCUUUGCACCCUUUUACGUCUGGAGUGUUCAGAGUCGCUGUGCCUAGCUUGCGUUCCGAAGCAGCCCAGAUGCACUCUGACAUUUGUCAGUUUCCUGUGCCCGGAUUGGUUUUAAACUUGCUAGGAAGAGAAACUCUGAAUAAUCCCCAGGUGAUUUUCUUCUUCUUGUGUGUAAGCUUUGACAAAAGAUGUUUGGGACAGGCUUCCUCAGACUAACUCCUGCUAAAUCAGUGUCUCGGUUUUUUGUUUUUAAAAAAUGCUUUCAUUUUUUGCCCUUGUUGAGUUGGGAUACAGCAUGGAAAACAUACUAAGCCAUCACCUACCUCUACAAAGCAGGACUUUUCUCCUGGAUGACUUCCUGUUCUGUUCAUUGGCUGGCAUGAUACACUGACUGAGCUGCAUGUUUCCGGAGGGGCUGCGCUAUGCUUCAUUGAUAAGUUCCCUCGCGUACUCACCGCUGCCUACUUACCGCUUGAGUAGCAUAUUGAUUCAGGACUUGUAAGGAACUUUUCUUCCUGCACAGCUUUUGCUAACAGUGUGCGUCAGAGCAUUGUUCCAGAUGCUUGAAAAGCACACGUGAGCUGCAUCGACUGCUUUACCUUAGAAGACUAACAGGUUCCCCUCAGCUGACUAACGUGCGAUGGAGCUCUUGCAGCACACCCCUGUGUGUAUUUGAAGUUUUCCGUUCUUGAGUUGAAGAAUAAUGACCAGGGUUUUUUCUUUUCUUUUUUUCAUUUCUAAUGUUUUUUUGUGUUCUUUUUCUUUCCCCCCACUUUCCACUUUCCAGCUGUAGAGUAGCUCCCGGAGAAGCCUAUUGCAACUGUGCAACUUCGUAUCUUAGCCUGUGUCGUUGUGGUUAGAAGUGGCGGUAGCCUGUUGCACAAAGAAUGGAAACCAUUGACCAUGAACCUCUCUUUCCCUCCCCCCCCCCCCCCAAAAAGGCAAAAACCACAUAAUUUUUAAUAUGCAACAUGCAUUGUUGGGUAAUCUCCCCCCUCGCUUUCAACCAUCUUUUUUUUCUUUUUGGCAUAUUAUGUCUGGAUACAAACAAACAAAGCUUUAUCCUUUUAAGUGCUGCUGCAGGAAGAAAACUUACAAAUGCUGAAGAAACCUCCUUCAUCAUCUGAUAAUUGCCAUGGUAGCUUAUUAUGGCCUAUUAGAAAGGUUCACAUGGGUAUUAUUAUUAUUAUUAUUAUUAUUAUUUUGUAACUGUCAUUAUAGAGCAUUCAUGUAAAACAACAACAACAACCAACAAUGGUCUGAUUGUUUAAACCUGUGCACUUUUAAUAUUUUGCUAUUUACUUUAACGUCUUUUUAUUCUUUUUUUGUAGAAGAGUUUAUAUGAAAAGGGGGGUGGGGAAAAUCCAGUGACUUAUGCGCAUAGUCUCUCUCCAUUUUGGACUUGUGCUUGCUGUUUUCCCAUCCGCAUGUGGCAGAGUUUUAUACGAUAUUGUUUUGCUCUACGCUGUGUUUAAAAAAGAACUUCCAACACAAGCCAGGAGUUCUGCUAAACUGUAUAUGUGCUGUGCACCAGCAGCUUUUUUCUUUCUUUCUUUCUUUCUUUCUUUCUUUCUUUCUUUCUUUCUUAUAAAAUGUUAAGCUUUAUCUGUUUUAAAUUACUGAUUUUUAACUGCCAUGUUAAUUGAGAAAUCCAGGGUAUUCAAAUUCUGGGGUUUUUUCAUAUUGUAUUAUUAUUCUUAGGAAUAGUUCAAUGUAACAAGAAGAAAACUUGACUUUGCUCUGGUUAAAACAGUUAUAGGCACUUGAAAAGAAAUAUUAGUGUUACCUAUAAAUUCCAGAAUGUCUGGGUUUUAGGAAAAUCUUAAUGGUGUAUGAUUGGUUAACAGAAUUUUAUACAACUAUUAUACCACUUAAAUUCCAAAUUGGAAUUGUUUUUGUUACUACUUUGUUUUAUUGUGCCAAAUUGUGGUACAUUUUAGAAAGACAAAUUCUAAAGUUGUCAGUGCUAGGGUGUUCUAUUUCAGCGCCUUUUUGUGAUUUAAUUGUUGCCAGUAGUGCCUUUCAUAAUUUUAAAGGGAGAAGCCUAGGCUAGCUUAGUCUGUUCGAAAAGAAAGGAACCACGGCUUUGGAACCUAGUCACGAUGUGGAGCAAUAAGUGUAAAGCAAACUCCCCUGCCGCACAUUUUUUUUUUAAUGGGUAGACCUACUAUAGAGAUGAUAUAUGCGCAAAUUGUAAAAAAUUCUGUUAGUCAAUGAUACUUCAUCAUGCAAAUUCAGGGGCAUAGAAGAAAAGAACAAGCAGACAACUAUUAAAAGACGAAGAAGAAGAAGAAAAGAAACACCCCAAAAUAUACUUUGCGAACCAAACGAACUUUAUUGAACAAAAUAAGAAGCAAGAUGUAUUAACACAUUUGUGGUUGCAGUACAGAGGUUGUUUUGGGAAUAUUGGUGUUCUGGUAGCUUUGUAUGGUGGUGGAUCAGUUAACCAUAGUAUUGUUUGCAAAUGUGGAGAAGAAGAAGAAGAAGAACAAUGCAUUUAAUAUUUUUUUCUCUUGCAUGUUGUAUCUAAUCCAUGGUGAUUUCAGGAAACAGAAACUGAGAUGUGCAUCAACAAAGAUGGACCUACUGGUGCUAUUUGUUGAGGGUAACUUUGAAUGAUCAAAUUUGGUACUUUUCAGGGGAGGAGAAGCCACCUUCCUUUAAAAAGAAAAGAAAAGAAAAAAAGAGUAGAAAUUGUAAUAAUAAAUGACGUGGGGAAAAGAUUUCUGUUUGCUGGAAGAAACUUUAUUAUUCCUAGAGGUGGGGACAUAUAUUUUCAUCUUUUUUUUGGUUACAGUAUUGAUUCAUAAGUGGUAUGAUUACAUUUUAAAAUUACAUCUCUAUGUGGGUAUUUAUUUGAAAUGUCAAAGUACUGUAUUAUGUUUUUACGUGCAUUAUCUUUUAGUGGUGGAUUGGUCUUCGUUUCAUUGUCAUAUGCAUGUACUCUUGCCAAGUAACCUUUACACAGACUUGGGGGGAAAGGAAGCUAAUAUAAUUGCUUAAAAGGAAGACGUGAAACUGACUAAGGUACAGCUCUUGUGUUAAUUUGAUAAUUUUAGGAGGUGUAGAAGACAAAAACAAAUUAAUUCCAAAUUAAUCCAAAAAGAGUGCAUGUUGUGUAGGAAAGCAAUCUACCUGUGUAAAGGUAGUCAUAUUGGCAGUAUCAAUAAAGGAGAAAGAAGAGUUUCUGGCUGGUUUGUUUUUGAAUCGCACCACUUUUGUUUGCUGAAGUAUUUCUAGACCUAUUAACAGUAUUAAUGUACGAAGU